AUGAGAGGAACACACCGCCUUUGGUUAUUGGCUAGUUUAUAUCAGGUGAGAAAAAGUCUAUAGUUUGAUGACCAGAAGACUUUUUAUUCAUUUGAAGUGGAUGAGAUUUCCAACCUGUAAUACAACUUCUUCCUCCUCAGGUCGUGCUGACCUGUGACCGGCAUUUCAACCCUGUUGAGGUGAAUCUUAUAUUUCAGUCCUUCCCCUCCACGAUAGAUUCAGAUUCCUACUCAGUCAACUGCAGGACUGCAAACAACUAUCAGGUAAGAGCAGAAAACAGGUUAUGACUGCAAACAUACACACAAUAUGUUUGAAAAACACAUUUUCUAACUGUUUCUGCAGAUCUUUGUGGAGCCUAUUGAUCGUUCAUCAUGCUCCCCAGACUGCAAAAUGACACUGCAACUGGUUGAGGACCCCCGAGGAUAUACCAUUAUGUUGAGAGCCCACAGAAAUGAUACAACACUGAAGACGAAGACUUUCAACUUUGGUAAGUAGCUCAGGGCGGCAGUAGCUCAGGAGGUGGAGUGGUUGUUGGUUCGAUUCCUCCCUAUCCCGAGUCUGUCUGUUGUGUCCUUGGGCAGGACACUUAACCCACCUUGCUCCCAGUGUGUAUCCUCCACUGGUGUAUGAAUGUGAGUGUUGUGUGGUGGUGGUCAGAGAGACCGUGGGUGCAAACUGGCAGCCACGUUUCCGUCAGUCCCAGGGCAGCUGUGACUACUAAGGUAGUUUACCACCACCAAGGUGUGACUGUGUGAGCGAAUGAAUGAUGAAUCCAAUGUAAAGCGCUUUGAGGGUCUCUGAUAAAGCGCUAUAUGAAAUCUGAUGCAUUAUUAUUACUAUUAUUAUUAUUUUAAGUGUCUGUAGCCUAAGUUUGGUUACUGUUAUCAUUGAGGAAAAACCGGGCCAUUGCUGAUAAACUGAUGUUAACACCUUCAAUCGUCUUCUCUUCUCCUCUGCAUUUGUUCCCAGUUCCAGUCUCCCUGUCCUCCAUUCGCGUGUACACCACGACUACUACAGCUCUCCUGACAUGGACACUUCACCAACAACAACGCCUCUCCACCCUCAGUCUAUUUAACACCCACACACAAUCUGUCACACACAACUUCAAUUUCAAUGUAUCAGAAACAAAAUCUGAGUACAUGGUGAAAGGUCUCGAACCUGGCACACACUUCAAAGUCAAAGUUGAGGUUACUACACACCACAAAGACCUUCAUUUGACUUUAAAGCAGAGACUUGCCAUCAGCGUAGAAACAGGUGUCACUCAUUCAUUUAAACACAAUCACAUAACCAAAAAUUGAUCUUUCAGUUGAAGAGAUGAGUGUCAGAUGAAGUUUGAUGAUGUUUUCUGUGUCCAGCCCGCUGCCCACCUGGCUGGUUUGCCAAUGAGAUUAGCUGCUACACUGUUAGGAGGACUGGUUUGACCUGGAGGGAAGCCCAGCACAGCUGCAGAGACCUGGCAGCUGGAAGUCACCUGGCUGACCUGAAGACCCCAGAGGACCUGCUUUUUAUGCUUUCUGACCUGCUGAGACACAACAACCUGCUGCUGCUGUGGACUGGCCUUAAUGACAAACAGGUAAGCCUAAUCACAGGAAUAUAUGUUCUCAGGGAUGUUACUAAUGAGUGUUGGGGAUGUGUAAUCUCAGCAGGAGAUGUGGAUAAUUAUGUUGUGUUGUUAUCUCCACAUAUAAAAGAUGUGUGAUUUUGGGACAUCGAAAAAGAAAACACUAGAGUGGCUAAUAUUGUAGCUAAUUUAAAACAUUAAUUGGAUUUUAUUGAUUAAAAUCUAAUUUUAAACACCUUAAAGACAUCCUUAGUAUGUAGUUGAUUAUGAUGAAUGUUUUUGAGAUGAUUUGUAAUUAUGAAUCACUCUGUCCUUGAGUGGAUGAAAUUUCAAAUUUGCACUAGGUUAUUUUUUUAUUUAUUCAUUGACUGUUUUUUAUUUCAUAUAAAUAUAUUAGUUUUUGUUCUUGUAAGACUGGAAAAAAUUGUGCAGAAGCAACAAAGUGAAAUGCAGAACACUGAAAAGCAUUUUUUUUUUCUGAAAACAAGAAAACUCUCAAAAUACUUCUGAACUGAUGAUGAGACAUUUAAACAAUAAGCACUUUUCAUGUAAAGGCUUCCUUUCAUAGAGACACUUGUUUUUUCAUGUGAAAGAAAAGUGAAAUUUGAUGAAAGUUUUGUUUUGAAAUGAAGACAACAAAUGUUUCUCUGACAAAUUUUUAGAUGUUACUCUACAUCUUACAAGUCAAUAGAGUUUAAAUAUUUUGGGAAUAUGCAUAUCUUUUUGAUUUAACCUUAGAACCAGCUUGUGAAGUAAAGGCGAGUUUUCUAUUGGCAUAAGGGGUCCUUAAAAAUUUUGGUUUGGAGCAGGACAGGUACCAGUUUUAACAGUUUAUCCUAAAAACAGGGAAUUCUUCCUUUUUGUGUUGGAAUUUUGUUUUAAAUACUUCAGUGACUAAGAAAUAGGCAUGUGCAUCAUAUACACUGCCUGAUGUCUUUCUUGAAUCACUCCACAGGAGGAGGGAAAACCUCUGUGGUCUGAUGGCUCAGCCUACAGCCUGACACAUGCUAUCAUGUCAUCCCUGCCAGCAGAUGAGACGGACUGCUUUGCUCUUCAGAGGAAUGCCACAGGGCCAGGAUACUUUCUCACCUCUUUUUUCUGUGACAUCCCCUUACCCUUCAUCUGCCAGUAUCAGAGUAAAUAGCUUAUAUUGAACCUUUGUGAUUCAGAGCAUUUCAACAUGUUUAAUUUGACUCCUUGGAUUAUGUCACUCAUGCAGUAACGAUGCUUCUUAUCACUACUAAAACUUCUGAAUAAUGAAUCCUAACCAUAUUUUUAUGCAAUCCUCUUCUUGAUUCUCUCCUCACAUUGUCACAUUAUAAUAAUAUCGUGCUUCUCUGUCUCUCACAGCCCCUUCAGUACCUGCCCAUUUCACCUUUGACCUGGUUCAGGUGACAGAGCAGCAUGUAGAGCUUCGUUGGAGUGACCUCUUACCUUUGAACUCACUCAACCUUUCGUCUUUUGAGAUUUUCCUCCAGUAUCAAGAGGAGGUAAUUAAAGCGCUGGAUGGAGGUGCAGAAAAUGGAAGCUGGAGGUCAAACAAUCAAAAGGAGGCACAGAGCCAGAGCAGUGUGAAAAAGAUUGCCAGAGUUCCUCUUUCCCUGUCAUCUAGAGGGGUCACUGUAGCAGGUCUGUCUCCGGGAAGCAUGUACUCCUUCACUCUUAAAGCCUCUCACCCUGCCGGCCCAGCCUGGAGCUUAGCACAAACUCAGACCGCGUUUACAAGUGAGUCUGCACGCAACCUGUCACGCACACAAGUUACACAAGCAACACCCUAUGCGAAAAGAUGCAAUUUAAAAUGUUAAUACUCUCUUUCUUUCAGGACCACUUCCACCUCUAAAUAUCACUGUUGGUCUUGUAACAGUCAGUCAGAUUACGGUCCACUGGAUGCAGACAGAUGCACAGUCAAAGGCUGGAUGUACGUUUGUUGUGCGCUAUGUGGACAUGACCUCAAAAGAAGGGGGAACAGUUGGGAUGCGCAACAUCUCCAGGUCAUCAGAUUCUGUUGGAUUACAGUCAUACACUGCUGUGAUUGGAGGGCUCAAGUCUUACAGGAGAUACAUGGUUGAAGUUUACACUGUCGCCGGACAUGGGAUAGAGAGCUGUGGACAGACGCCUGUGACUGCAGUGACUGGUAAGAAUGUAACUGAUAUUUUUUCACAGAUGAAAAAUUAUGAACUCAGAGUAAAAAGAGAUGCAUCUUUUAUAUUUAAAUGUGUCAGUGCACUCAGUGUUGUUAAGUUUGCAUAAAUAGUGCAAGAUCUAAGAGCUUGAGGGCAGCGAUAUUUAGUCAAGCCAUCUUCAAUUUAUUAAUCAUGUGUUAAAUGUGUUUAAUCAUGUGUUUAAUCAUGUGAAAACAACCAAUGCUAGCAUGUCGUUUUGACUAAAUGCAUACUUACCAAAGCUUCUAUUAUAAAGAAUUUGAUAAGUGUGUUAAGCCUGGGUGUCAAGAUAACAGAUAAUGAAAUUUAGAAAAUCUAAAAGGGUAAAGUUUCAAGACCUACGAAAAAAUUUACAUUUUCAUUUGGCUAACCUUUUUCCUCUUUUGGCAUCUUUUCAUUGCGUCCGUUCCUUUGACAGUCUUCACUUGAACUUAUAAAGAAAAGCUCUUACCACAGUGGAAUUAAAUUAAAGCUGUUGAAUAUGUGAAUGAAUGGAACUGACAAAAAAUUGCAGAUUUACUGUUGCCAACUUCCAAUGAUAUGUUCAAGAUGUUUUAAAUUUCAAUUGGUAGCUGACCCGAUUUUGGUCAUGUGUGUCAAAAUUAUGUAGGAGAAAAUCUGAGGACUGUGUUAGGUCUCAUUUGAAAAUCUGUUGACCGUCAAAACACUGGGAUCAGAAAGAUACUCAGAGAAAACCCCCAUGUGGAUCUAAACUCUGUUGCUUCAUUUAGGGAUUACUGCACUAAGCAAAAACACGUUGAUUUUUAUUUAACAUUUAUAAAAUAACUGAAAUUCACACCAGUGCCUUUUUAUGACUUACAGAAGCACACCAAACCAUCAGAAACAAGACUGACAGUUUUUAUAUAGUUUUUUCUUUUAUACCUGACACCGGCAUGAGGGGGUGGGUAGGUGUCAGCGUAGCCACUGAAGAAAUAGCCCUGUUUUUACAAUGUUCACUAUUAAUGAUAGAUUUGACACUUAAAAGUCAGCAGGAUGAGAUUUUUGUCAGAAGACAGUGUUUAAGCAUCUAGAGGACAAGGUAAGCACAGACUACUUUGUCCUCAAGGAGGUGCCAGAACUGACACUAUACAAAAGUUGCUCACAGGAGCUUUAAAGUGCCUUUUGGAGGCUUUAAAGUUGAGUUUUUUAGACAAAGAAAGGACUUGCACAUCAAUCUUCAGAGCAAGAGCAGCAAAACAAAUAGUAUUAAUCGCACAAAACCAAGCUUUUUGUAUCUUUGUUUUCCAAGUGUGUAGCAGUAAGCCGUCUGAAGUAUUGCAUGCACUCAUAAUGAAGUUUUCUUCCACAUUUUCUUUAACGGUUUGGACAAUGGAGACAUGACAACCACCAUGUAAAGGCUGUUUGAUCACUUGGGGUAAUGAAGAGUGAUCCUGCUAACAUUGAGUUUAACCAAGUGUUCUUUGGUGACAUUACAGCAGGACUUUUUUGUUUUUUAAAAAUCCACGUGAACAACAAUCAAAGUUCUAUUGGAUUAAAACCAGUAAAUUCAACACUCGUGCAAACCAGCUUUUAUAAAAGAAUUGUCCCCAUUAUUUCUCUUUAUUUGCCCAGUUGAUCCUAAAAUCAUGAAGUCAAGAAGGCUUUGUGACCAUUGUUUUGCUGUUAAAAUGACAUUCAUAUAAACCUAUUUAAUGUAAGCUGCUGUAAAAAUACUAUGUAUUGUAUUAACCAGGCGUAAAAAGGCAAAAUGUGAGAUGCUUGAAAGCUUUAUUUUUAUGAGACUGAAACGAUCAAAUGACAUUGAUCCUCUCCAUUUUUGGUGGGAUAGAAAUAGGAGACCAUCUCUCAUCACAGUUCAAAACAGAACCAGUGGAGGUCUGCACUUCUCUUGAUGUUACUGAAGUAUAAAGUAUUGAAGAUUCAGGCAAGAGAAAAAUAGUAUGGGCAAUUUGAAAGUGGCCAAUUAACCUAACCCCACUUAGGAAUGUUUUGGGGAUGUGGGAGGACACUGGAGUACCCAGAAUAAACCCAUGCAGACACAGGGAGAACAUGUGAACUCCACACAGAAAUACCUGGAGUCGGAUUUGAACCCAGAACCUUCUUGCUGUGAGGCGUCAGUGCUAACCACCACACCACUGUGCCACCCUAUAGUAUACCCAUUUAUACCGUAAUAAUGAUUGAUUAGGGCUGAUCCACUUCACUGUUAUCCUGGUGAGUUAACAGCAGCCUGUUCCACUCCAGAUGUUCUUUGAUGAGGCUGUAUUGUCUUGUUAAAUAUCUGCCUAAAGGAUCCCCUGUAAUAGCUAAACAGUAAGGGAUCUCUCAGUUCCAGUAGGUGGGUAGGGUUUUCCUACCCAAGGUCCCCCACCUUCGGCUACUGCCUGGCACGGACUGCACCGGACCCCUUUGGCCUCUCCUAUGGGUGGUGAGCCCAUGGCAAGCGCCAACAGGUGCUCGCCAUCAAACCCAACCCCCAGGUCUGACUCCAGGGCAGGGCCCUGGUGACCCUCCUCUGGGCAAGUGAAACUUAGUACCAAUUAUUUUCGUAAGAGAUCUAUUUGAGCUACCCUUAGUCUGAUCCCUCUCCCAGGACCUGUUUGCCAUGGGUGACCCUACCAGAGGCAUAAAGCCCCCGACAACUUAGCUCCUGGGAUCAUUGGAAUGCGCAAACCCCUCCACCACGGUAAGGUGGUAGCUCGAGGAGGGGAAAAACCCUCCCAUGGGGGAGGGAAAAACCACAAGGUUUUUUUUUUUAUUUUAUUUUUUUAUUAUUUUUUUUUGUUUGUUUUUUUUUAUUUAUUUAUUUUUUUUUUUGUUUUGUUUUUUUUUUUGUUUUUUUAUUUUUUUGUUUUUUUGAUUUUUUAUUUUUUUGUUUUUUUGAUUUUUUUGAUUUCCAACUUUGUGAAUCAUUGAUAUUACAGGGUUUGGAUUUGAUAUCUCUCUAUCUGUCUGUCUCUCUCUAGCAAUCAAAGAAGCUGACAAACUUUUAGAUGUUCAAAUACAUACAUUCUGUCCUUUGACAGGUCAUAAAUUCUGUCCCCUGAUGAUGUUGAAAUGACAGUCAAAAUUUAAACUUUUGCUGGGUUAUUUGAUUUCACAGCCUCAGGUACCGGGCCUUCAUAUAGAGCAGGCUUUUAUUAGAGGCAGGCCUUCAUUGUUCACUAAACCUAGACGAAAACACAAAGUGUAACUCACAAUGAUGUUUACGUGAAUUAUUUAGAGCAGAUCAAGCCUUUCUCAGUUUGCCUGGUCUAGGGUAUUGGACCCCAUAAUUAAAGCAUAAUUUUGCAUCAUAAUUCAAGAUGUUUUAAAUUUCAAUUGGUAGCCGACCCGAUUUUGGUCCUGUGUGCCAAAAUUAUGUAGGAGAAAAUCUGAGGACUGUGUUAGGUCUCAUUUGAAAAUCUGUUGACCGUCAAAACACUGGGAUCAGAAAGAUACUCAGAGAAAACCCCCAUGCGGAUCUUAACUCUGUUGCUUCAUUUAGGGAUUACUGCACUAAGCAAAAACAGAAGCACACCAAACCAUCAGAAACAAGACUGACAGUUUUUAUAUAGUUUUUUCUUUUAUACUUGACACCGGCAUGAGGGGGUGGGUAGGUGUCAGCGUAGCCGCUGAAGAAAUAGCCCUGUUUUUACAAUGUUCACUAUUAAUGACAGAUUUGACACUUAAAAGUCAGCAGGAUGAGAUUUUUGUCAGAAGACAGUGUUUAAGCAUCUAGAGGACAAGGUAAGCACAGACUACUUUGUCCUCAAGGAGGUGCCAGAACUGACACUAUACAAAAGUUGCUCACAGGAGCUUUAAAGUGCCUUUUGGAGGCUUUAAAGAUGAGUUUUUUGUUAUUUUUUGGAGGGUUUUUUUUUGUUGUUUUUAGCUUGGGAUGCUCUGGUCUAGGUGAGACUAGAUCUUUGGCUCUGGUUUGACAAUGAGGACCUCGGACUUGUACUCCUCAGUGAGCCUUUGUGUUUGAUUGUUUGUUUUAUACCAGCCAUGGGUGGUCCCUUAGAGCUGCCAGGGUUGCUCUAGUCUCUGGAUUUUUGGACAGACUCUUUAACAGAAAAUCCUUGCAGUCUGGAGAGACAAAACAGAAAUGGUCAAUGGUCAGAUACAAACACUUACUGUGGAUCUAACUGUGCUUAAGCUGACUUUAUGUGGGUGUGAUUACUUACUGUUGGAAAGUUUUCCAUUGACAUGUAGCUCUUUCUUAAUGAUUUCGGCAGUGGUAGCAAAAGGAUAGCGUCCAUGAACCAUAGCAUAAACUACUACUCCAAGCUGCCAUACUGUAGCUGGUUCAGCUCUGUAGCUCCUAGUGAUGAACCACUCAGGGGAGCUAAAAUCAGGGGUUCCUACAAAAGACACACACACAGAGGAGAUUAGGAAAGAUGUUGUGGACUGACACAGCAACUUUGUUUGGUAGGUUUCAAAAAGAGAACAGGGCUUUCCACAUACACUGGCUGUUGACAAGAAAGGCCACUGCAAACUUACUAAUAUCUAAUAUUUUAAAAUCUCAAACUCAAUUCAUACAGUGACUGCUUACACUGUAAGUGGCCUACUUUUUUACAUUGACUGACUACCUGAUGUUUGUGGAAAGCCCUUAAAAAACAAUGUUCAUUGAGAGAUAGCUUACCUUGCCCUGUAUGGUACGUCCCCUCAGUCAGAAAAGUGCUGCUGCCAAAGUCGAUAAGUCUCACACGAGGGAUUGCAGAGCCAUACUCGAUCAGGAUGUUGUCCAACUUUAUGUCGUUGUGGAAAACUCCUCUUGAGUGGAUCUCUAUGAGGACAUCUACCAGCUGUUUUGUCAGGAUCUGAGGUGGAAAGGGAGAUAUAUACAGAUUGAGUAUCAUGGUGGAGACAGACAGUAUAAAAAGAAAGCAUUGCAAAACUCAUUUCAUCAAGUACUUACUUUUUUCCCAUUCUCUGUCAUGCGGCAUGCUUUUGUUAACGCAUGAAACAGAUCCAUGCAGGGCACUGGUCUUUCUAGGAUGAGUAUCAGCUCCUCUUCUAGAUCGUACCAGUCAAGCAGGGCCACAGCUGCACUGGUUCCUGGGGUUCCUGACUGCACUUUCUGCAUCAUCACCACCUCCCGGGGGACAGAGUCGAUGUUUUCCUCUUUGAUCUUAAUAUAGAAAAUGGAAUAAGAACAUAUGGAGCAUUUUCUCACAGACUAAAAUCAGUCACUUGUCAUGGAACUGAAGUGACAGAGGACAUUUUUUUAACAAUGUAACAUUGUGAAAAGUGUCUGAAACUGAGGUAUUGGGCGCUGUCAGUUUAUAAAAAUCAACAGCUGUGAGUGGACACAGUUCCUUACUUACCGAUAUGCGCUUAACGCCCGAUUGAGGAAUAUGUUUGAUGGCAACCUAAAGGAAACACAGGAAGACCAUGGUUAGCUCACACUGAGUACAAAGCAAAAAAGCAGGGGGAUGUUUAUACACUGGUACAUAAGUGUAUGGUGUAUAGAAUAUUUAAUCUUACUGGUAGAUUGUCCUCAUUUCUAUAUCCAUCAUAGACUGACCCGUAUCCUCCUUGUCCAAGCAGGCCCCUCUCUGUGUAUUUUGCUUGGAGGGCAGCUACAAAAACAAGAAACACACAAAAACAGUUUGAUAAAAAUAGUCCUAAAAUCAUGUUAGCUUCACCUGCUUCAUGUUACCAAUCGUGUAGUCCUCAACCUAUUUCGUAGUGAUCAUAGGUAAACUAGACAUGAGUUUGGUCUCUAACCAUUCUCAAUACUUACUCUCUUGGGCACAGAAGAAACGAACAUCUGGAAAUUUUGAUUCCAUUGUUCUCAAAGCUGAUCAGUUUGAUUGGUAUUCAAAGAUUUGGAUUUCAAAAAAAAAAAAAAAAGAUUUGGAUUUCACGAUUCUCAAGCACCGAUGAUUUCCAACUUUGUGAAUCACUGAUCAGUCCGAACAGUUCGAUUGAUAUUACAGGGUUUGGAUUUGAUAUCUCUCUAUCUGUCUGUCUCUCUCUAGCAAUGGAAGAAGCUGACAAGCUUUUAGAUGCUCAAAUACAUACAUCCUGUCCUUGGUCAGGUCAUAAAUUCUGUCUGCCUGAUGAUGUCGAAAUGACAUCAUCAAUGACAUCAUCAAAAUUCUACUUUUAAGUUCAAACGUAAACAAAAGACUCCAAUUAUCGGGCAUGUUUGUAUUAAUGUUUCCAUGGCAACUGAAUUAGAGACAACUUUUGCUGGGUUAUUUGAUUUCACUGCCUCAGGUACCGGGCCUUCAUAUAAAGCAGGCUUUUAUUAGAGGCAGGCCUUCAUUUGAAAUUCUCCCUGUCUCAGAAAAGAACUACUUUUCAUAUUUAAGUAUAAAGUGAAGGCAUUGUUCACUAAACCUAGACAAAAAACACAAAGUGUAACUCACAAUGAUGUUUACAUGAAUUAUUUAGAGCAGAUCAAACCUUUCUUGGUUUGCCUGGUCUAGGGUAUUGGACCCCAUAAUUAAAUCAAAUCCCAUUUUAUCCAGCUCUACCUCGCCCAUACCUGUGCAGCUCUCCUCAGGUUGUUUUGCAGUCAAAUCUCCAUCCUUUUCUCAAAAUAAAGAGAAUUUUUCCUCUAUGUGGUUUUUCCGAUUCCCUCCUAAACUUUUUAUGUUCUUUUACACACAAAAUUUAUGAUUAACUCACAAUACUAGUGUGUGAAUUACUAUAUUUUCAAUCACAGACUAUUUUGUUCAGCUUUUUCCUUUUUCCUCUUUUUUCAGAGGUGGAGGCCCCUCAUGGUCUAGUAGUAUGGAGCGGGACAGAAAACCUGACAGUCUGUUGGUCCAGUCCAUCUGAUGACCCACCAGAUGCUUAUAACAUCACAUUCCAGCCUCUUAUUUACUCCUCUAUGACUCCUCCAUCUUCACUUUGGAUAAACAAGUCCAGUCCUGCUGCGCUCUGGGUUAAUCAGUCUGUGUGUGUUAAUUUGGGCCCAUUCACUCCAGGUCAGACUUAUGAAGUUGGAGUGGUCUCGUUGAUGGGAAAGGACAAGAGUCGUAAGACCAGUGUCAUAUACACCACAAGUAAGAUAAAAAAACAUAAUGCUGCCCUCAUAAAAGAAGUUCAGACCCAGACAAGGGUCUGUUUUCUGGAUGUGAUCAUUUCUUGUGUUUCUUGUGUAUCUGAGGCUUUACCUUCCUCCUGUGUUAGCUUUUACGAUGCACCCAGCAUAAGGGUUGGUUUUGGCCUGUGUCUUAAAUCAGCUGUAAAUUACACUAAAUACAAUUCUCUAUCAUCCAAGUUGGUUCUCAUCUCUAGGGUAACUUGUUAGGCUUCAUUAUCUAUGAAAAUAUUGCUUAUAAUAGUUUUUACAGUGGUCCUCUGGGCCUUUCUAUGUCAGUGUACCCCUCACACAGACAUCUAUACUAAAUUGAUCUCACAUGUCUGGACAUGCCGAACAUUUUUUUGUGCAAGGAAAAACCAGGCAAAAUGAGAAUUUCCUAAAUCUCACAUGAUUGGAAGAGGAUCUGACUGUCAGUGUGCUGCCUGGCAGUGAACUUGUGAUUUCAGUUUUUGCUCUAAUUAUUAGAUAUUAAUCUAACCGGAUUAACAGCGACCCUAACACAACAAGUGCCAUAAUUUUAAUAAGAGCAUUCUAUAAUUUAGUCAAUUUAAUUUUUUAAUUUUUAUUUUAUUGAAAUAGAGGUUCCUGACAAAGUCAUAAAGCCAUGAUGCAAAAAAAGCUGAUUUAUGUGGUUCUUUUAAGCAUUUAAAAUCAAAAACGGGACGGUGCAGACCCUAACACCGGAGGAGGGUUAAUAAGUUCAAGCAUUACUGCAAAUGUUCCUAUUGUCACAAUAAAGGAUUUACUCUUUGGAGACAGGAAGAGGGUGUGGAAAUUAAGUCUAUGAUCAACUAAUCUGCUUUAAUUUUUAUGAGAGUGUGUGACUUAGAUUGUAGCUGGUACUAUAUUGUCUUUUUGUAUUUUUUUUUAUCAUUAUUCUUUUCCUCUCUCUGUUUUUGUAGAGCCGUUGCCAGUACAGGUUGCAAUCCCUCUUUCAGUGGACACAACAUCUGCACAGUUGUUCAUCCAGCAUCCCCAUCUGGGUCUGAUGGAUGGGGUCAAAAUAUGUGUGUGUCCAGGAGAGUGUGACAGUGGAUGUGAUGAAUUAUGUGCGUACUCUUGUGACUUGUACCCCCUCUCUGCUGGUGUUCAUGUCAUAACUCUAAGCAACCUCAGCCCGGGAUCAGAGUACCAGCUCAAGGUGUACAGCACCAGCAGAGAGCAGAUGGGGCCCCCCUACUACACCCGCCUCAUCAGAACAGGUAAGUUCUUCUCUGCUGGUACUAUCAUUUUAAUGUAUUUCUACAUGUACCAGUGAUAUGACUGUCUGAAGCAGGUUCCCUCAAAUUAUUCAUAACUAAAAGGAGUCAGAGCAUGAAGACAUCAUAAUGACAGAAUGAUCCCAACAAAGUACAUCCAUUUAAAACUCCCAAUAGGUCGUAUCAUCUUUGAACCUGGCAUUUUUCACUUUUGCACAAUUGUCAGCAUAAGUCACCCCUAAAUCAGUCACCUGGAUGUCCCUAUUUUGUGGAUGUUGUCUGCAAUUGCCAAUUUACCGUAAUCCAAAAAGAAUUUGGGUCAGCGACAAGAUAUGUACCCUAGUCAGCCAUAACAUUAGGAUCACUGACAGUGGCUCCAAGUGAACACUUGUUCCUCUCAGUUGAUUUGUUGGAUACAGGAAGAAUGGGCGAGACUAAAGAUCCAAGCAACUUUAAUAAGGGCCAAAUUGUGAUGGCCAAAAAACUGAACUGCAGUUCUUGAGGGGUGUUCCUAAAACAGGAAUGAUGGAAGUUUUCCCAGAACUGAUAGAAUUGAUGUAGUCCCUAAAGGCUCAAAUCUCAGUUCACACUUGCAGUUUGGGGGAUUACUGGGCAGCCAAGUCUGAUAUACGAAGACUCCACUUUACAAGAUUUUAAGAAUUUGAGUAGGGCUGUUUUGGCCCUGACCUGACGAGAGGAGGGCCUACUGAAUGUUAACCUGGUGGUCAUAAUUUUACGGCUGAUUUUUGUUUGUCAUUGAGUAAAAGAUUCAGAUUCUUGGGAUGCACUGAUUUGCUUCUCAAAUUUAGACAAGUCCAUUUACUGCUAACUCAAAAACCCUCACAUGGCUGAGUUCUUCUUAACGAUUAAAACAGCGGUAAGAAAGAUGGCCUGUAGAGCUUACUUACUGAACUAAUACCAUCUGAUUAUAAAAUACUUAAAGACAAUUACACAUUGUGUCUUUCCUCCUGUUUUGUGAUAAUGAGUUAUUAAAACAGUCACUAGAUUUUAUUGAGUAAUUGGAUUUUAUGUUGGCCUUUUUCUUAAAGUUAAUUUGUUUUUGCAGCUUUAAUUAAUUAAUUUUUGAGAAAUGAAACACCACAUACCCCAAGUUGUGAAAAUUACUUUCAAGCACUUUCAAGUAUGUAGGAGCACUGAUCGUCCUAUUGGUUGUGUGGUUGAUUGCAGGUCUGGCACCUCCUAACAGAGUGAGGGAGGGUGUGGUGACAGAGACAUCCAUAGAACUACUUUGGGACCCAGCAGGAGGACCGUCUUACAGCUACGAGGUCAUCUGCCUCAACUGUGACCAUGCACACAUGGUAAACAAACACAUAGAGGAUGUGAAAUAACUUUACGUUCCUGCCUAAAGAGGCUACUAGUGAUUUCAUUGUUAGAUUUUUUUGCAUGAACCAUAUAAUGACAAUGUUGGGCAGCUAUUUAGUUCUGUCAUAUGUGUGUUGCAGGUGCAGAAAGUGUUCAGUCAGAGUGCAAUAUUUUCUAGCCUGACUCCAGGCCAACUUUACCACUUUACAGUGCGAGCAGAGAAGGAGUUCUUCUUAGACAGUUCCCCCAUCACUAUUAAUGUGACAACAGGUUAUUACACACACAAGCACACUCUAAUAUACACAUUAUUACAUAUGCAUUUUUGAAAUUGUUUGCCUUAGCUGCUUUUUGUGAUUUUUUUUGAAAAUAUAUCUUAGCUCCCAGCUCGGUUGAGUUGUCACAUGUCAACAAAACCUCAUCCUCCUUGUGCAUUUGUUGGAGCACGGUCAGUGGAGAGGUGAGCGGACUCUUCCUGUCAAUCAAAAACACAACAUUCAGUCAAGAGCUGAAUCUUUCUCUUCAGGAGCCCAGGUUAGAUUUUUUUUUGUUAUCAGCUAGUAUAAAUAAAUCAGUACAACAUGGAUAUCUCAGAGGUUGUACCUCGUAACACUAACUGCUGAAGGUGUGUGUCAACAGAUCUCACUGCUUUGAAGGCCUUGCUCCUGGAGCAGAGUAUACAGUUGAAGCAAUAACCACUAGCAGAGAAAGACAGAGUAAACCUGUUCAUUUAAUCUGCCAUACGGGUACGUUUCAGAGUUAAAAACAUUGUGUGUGUGUGUGUGUGUGUGUGUGUGUGUGUGUGUGUGUGUGUGUGUGUGUGUGUGUGUGUGUGUGUGUGUGUGUGUGUGUAAAAGGAUAACAAAAAUAUGUGGAUUAAAACUGAAAAAGGAAAUAAAGUUGCUUAAAUGACUGCUAUUUACAGUGAAAGUUGACAACAAUUUUGUGUUAAUAUAUAGUGUAACGUGCUAAUUAGAUUCUCUUUCAGUCCCAGAGGUACCACAGGAUGUUACUCUUUCAGAGCAGGCAGGGACUUCAGUGUUUGUCACCUGGAGACCACCACCAGGACAGGUGGAGGGGUACAAGGUAAGGAAUACAUACUACAGCCACUAACCCUUUACAAGUAACAAUAACAGAGGGAGAGGGAGACACUUAAGGCUGUGCAAACCUCAGUUCAGAUCAGCAUGAUGCUCUGUGUUAUCUUUCUAAUACAGAAAACACUACAGAUGUGAUUUUUUAAGGACAAAACAGGCUGAUUAGUUCAGGUUUAAAGCAUAAACACUCACCUGUUGGUUACUUAGCAACUAAUGUCGUCACACCACAGAUUGGGUUACCAACUCUUAAAAGAUGUAUGACCUCUGUGGAGCCACAUCCAAGAGGAAUGACCAAGCACAUUACUUGCACGCACAGUACAAAACCACAUUCACAGAAAUAUAUAAGACACAUUUGUAGUUGGAUAGAACUGCUAAAUGUAAAUGUUUCGAGAUUUUGUUGUUAGUUUUUGUUAUAAAACCUUAAAUAAAUUUUAUUUUUAUUUUUAAAUCCUGAAAACUUCUUCUUUUGUUUGUUUUCCUCAGCUCUUUUAUGGUUCGCUGUCCAUUGACAGGAAGUCGUGGAUUGAUGUGCUGAUCCUGGGUAUUAAUUAUGAGAUAAGGAAUUUGAUCCCGGGGUCAGACUACAGUGUCAGUGUUCAGAGUGUGCUGGGCUCAGACACCAGUCAGGCAGUGCACAGAGAGUUCAGCACACGUAAGAAACACUCCUAAUUUCCGGGACACAGUAUUUCACCGCAUUAGCCUGUCAGGACAGGAAAAGAUGUUGGUCAUAAAGUUGUUUUAAUGUUUGCUUCAUAUUAUUUUCUCUAAAUUUGAUAUUAAAUGUGUGAAUAUUUCAACUUCAUCUGUUUCCAGGCCCUGCAGGAAUAUGCUCUCUUCACUUAGGACAUGUGAACUCGUCCUCUGUGUUCGUGAGCUGGAACAGUGCGUUUGGAGAAUUUGACUUUCACAGAGUCACUGUGGCCAACACCUCGGCCACAAACACACUCACCAUACCUAAGGAGGACCAUGUUGCCGUGGUUACAGGGCUGGUGGACGGCUGCAGCUACAACGUGAGCGCUGAGAGGGUGAGGGGAGUGACAGCGGGGAGUGCUGCCACUCUGACUGUAACCACAGGUAAAGGAUAACACAAGAGCUGCAUCAGUGGAUGUCCAACACGAUCACCAGCUGUGACGGUUCUUCAUCAAACCCUCUCAGCCUCUCUGAUUGUGUUUUUCUCUCUUUUCCCUUUCUUCAUCAGUGCCAGCUCAUGUGCGAGGAUUGCACGUAGUAAGUGUGUCUGCACGUGAGUUCACGCUGCGUUGGGAGCAGGCAGUGGGGUGUGUGGAUCAUUACAAAGUGAACCUGCAGCCAAAUGAAGGAAAAGUCACAGUUCACCCUGCACGUCAUGGAUACGUUCAGGUACACACACACUGGACUGAACACGCUCUGAAAGUCACAAAGUCAUCCCUGAAUUCACACCUUGUUAACUCAUGAUAGAAACCGCCAUUAGAGGAGGCCUGAUAUUACAGACUGGCAGCUGAAUUAUAAUCCUGAAUGUACAAACUACACACACUUACACACACACAAACAAACAAACACACAUUAUCUCUCCUGCCAUCCAACCAAGUCCUUCUCCAUAGUGGCUCUUCCCGACUGCCAGGUGUCAGUUACCCCCAAAAUGUAACCUUACACACCCUGCACACACACGCUCACACACAUCAUACUGAGCACAGAGUUGAGUAAUAGAUCUCAUUAUUUAUUUAGUUGGCCUUAUGAGCUCAACCCUGAAUCAUUCAUUUGCUUAAGCAGCUUACCCUAGUGAGAGAGAGAGAGGGAGAGAGAACAGAGGGAGAACAUUAGCCUUGUGCUAAUGAAAGGACCCACUGCCCUCUCUGGCCCAGAAACUACAAUUUUGGAAUACCUCAAACUUUGAAGUGUUCAAAUCCAAUGCCUGGACCACUAACCCUGCAACCUUUACUCAUGCCACUAACCAGCCUAUAGACCUGGAGGUUUUCCUGCUCUGCACAGUGGAUUACCUGGAGACCACUGCUAACAUUUUUCCACUAACUCUGGAUGCUGCUCUGCUGGGGAGGCCUCUCACCUUCUGAGUCCAAACUAGAGCUAAUUCUGCUACCCAGCAUGGCCGCCUUCUCUCUCACAGUGUUAUUCACGCUCUGCUUGGGCCUGGUAGACUCACAGGUAGGAAUUCAAAACUCAUUGGUCACAGACAGACCAUCACUGUGUGUAUGAAUUGCUUUUAUCUUUUGGUUGUGCACUUAAAAAUUCAUGCUAAGAUAAAGAUAAUCGGCCUGGUCAUACAUCUUGGAGGUAACAUGAGUCUUUUAGUUUCACACAUAGUCACCAAACACAUGUCAUAGGUUUGCUGCAUCAGGAAUCAAUGAAAAAGCACUCCAAACACCAACAGAAAAGUGCACCUAGAAGAAGAAAUGGAGUGUCAUGUUAUCAUCCAUUCAUAACUUGACAUCUUUAUUUUGCAACAGAUGGCUGAGGAUUUCUUCUUCAGAUAAAGACAUCAUGUGUGCUUGAUAUUAAAACAUCUCAACAGAAGGCUACGGGAGCGCUACUGCAGAUUUUAAACAAAACCAAUCAAAUUCAUUCUUGCUUCUAUUUGCACAAAAUUCUUAGAGGAUUACUGUUUUUCAUUACUGUGCUCCACAAGAGUGAUACUAAUCCAGGAGUUUGCACCUUAUAGUGUAUUUAUGUACCUGCCAGUGUGUGCUCUAUUUCAACAGAAAGGAUAGCUUUUAUUGUGAAAAACUAUGACCACACUUUGAUCAAUAAAAAUAAGAAAUAACAUAAUUUGAUUAAAAGAAACACUUUAGAAACUAGUGGUUGCCUGUUUCUUUGUAGCAGAAAUAGGCCUGUUGGGUUUUCCAUUAACUCAUCACCAAAACCAGCAACAUGAUAGAAAAAGGCUGAAAGAAAAAGUGGCAAAUGUGGCCAUGGGAUUUUUUAUUUUUAGCUUACUACCUUUUGUUAAAUGAGAAAUCAUCAAAAACAGUAAAUCAAUGAGUUAAAAACCAUUUUACAGGGCAGCUACUGAAUGUAUUACUGCAGCUGAUGAUGGGACAAAUCAUUUGUAUGCAAGUAAGAAGAGGAAUUGCACGUUAGGUUAGAUUAGAGAAUAAAUAAAAACAUGGAGUCUUGCAACUAUCUGGGGAAAAUAAUAUGGAAGAAAACUUGACAAAACCUGCUAAAAAGACAAAACUGUGGAUCACCGUUUAAGGUACCAGUAUACAGUUUUUGUUAGACAAACAGUGGAUAGUUUAAAUUAGAUUCAUAAACAACACAUCAAAAGGCCAAGCGUUUGGGAUACAUAAGACAAAACUGGAUAGAGGCAUUAAACUUCAGUAAAUUACUGACAAUAGUAACCAUGUGAGUGUACUGGUAUGCUCUGCUGUUUUCACAGGCCGACGUGGUCAGUGUCAGUCCAGGCACACAGUACACUGCGACAGUCACAGCAUCCUCCUCCUCCUCAGUCAUCAGCCCUGGAGUCAGCCGCAUGAUCAGUACCAAUGAAAGCGGUGAGAAGUGCACAUGCACAAACUGUUGUUGUUUGCUGAGUUUGACUGCUAGAGUCACUAAGUUCUCUUCUGCCCUCUGCUGUUUAAUUCAGUGACUCUGUUGUGACACAUGACCACGCUCAAGGACAGAAAGUAGUACAGGAGAUGUGUGUAUUUCUGUGUGUGUAAAGGGGAAGGGGAGGGGGGGUAUAUUCCCUUCCCUGUUUAAUUCCUCUUAGGGUAACUUAAGCCUGGGCUUUUGAACCACAGAAUGAAUGGGCCUGCAGUGAAUGUCAGUAAAAUGCCACUGCUGUGUGAGGCCUUAUUCAUCAGAGAUUGGCCUCUCGUACGGUCACAGACACAUUCAUACGGUCACAGACUCACUCAAACGGUCACAGACACACACACACACUGAUCGCUGCCAAGACACUAAAAGUUUUGAUCGAAUGAUUCUGGUUUUGUGUUCUUUACAUCUUCAUGUUCAGAGAGUGUUUAUCACACAUAUUUUGAUAUAUUCGUACUGUGUUAAACCUCUGCUGUGUUGGUGGUACUAAACAGAGAAGAUAGACUGAAAAGACCGGAUGAGGAAUGACACUUGAUUUCCCCUCCUUCUUACACCUGUUCCUUCUGUUCCUUCAGCUCCUGGUCCAACUUCAGGUCUUGAGGGGGAGGCUGUGGGCUCCAAUGGUAUACUACUCUCCUGGACAAUGCCAUCAGAUGCCAACAAUAUUGACGGAUAUGUUAUCAGGUAAUUCUCUGUUGUCUUCUCAGAAAAUUGGUAAUUUAUGUCUUUAUUAGGACCAUAAAACUUGUCCAUGCCGCCAGCUGUAUUGCCACAAAAUUAGUUACUCAAGAGGAUGUUGAUUUCUCUGUUAAAUGUGCAAGUAGUCAACAAAUGAAAUAGAGUGGCUGCCCACCCCCUUAAAAAAAAAAUGAAGCUGGGAGGGGUCGUCAUAGCAAGGCACCAUGAAAACUCCUGCGACGUCAUUUGUAUGUAACACAAACACAACUCAAACGCAUGAACAGUGAUGGCAGGUUUUGAAAAUAGCAGGUUUGAUUCUUGUAAUGUUGCUCUCUGGCCAAUCAGAAGCUUGCUGUCUAUUGAUAUCAAAUUUUCAGCUUGACUCAGCUCACUUUAAAUCCCAGCCAAUUGGGCACUAAAAAGUACCUGGUACCAGGUGCUAUCACCCAGUGGAAAACCCUAAAAACCAAGCAGAGUCAAGUUGAUGCUAGUGGAAAAGUACCAUAAGUAAUAAGAGUGGGGUCUGGAGGUCCUCUACAAGAAAGAUAGUAUCUGGGUAAAAAUGUAUGCAGUGGUUUGUGUUUGAGAUGACUGAUUUAAUAAUAAAACACAAUUUUUUUUGUAAUAACAUUAAAGAAAAUAAUGUCUAUACACAGUGCGUGGUGUAUUAGGAGAACUUUUCAUUCUUACCUUGCAGAUUUUAUUUCAGAGGGAUAUAUAUGUGUGUUUUCUUUUUCAUCAGUGUUCAGUGACAGAGACAGGAUGUAGCCUCGAGUCGCCUGGCCAUUCCCGAAAUCUAAUUGGCUGCCUCACUGAUCAACCUGAAAUCCUAAACCACAAUCAGUGUUUUGCCAUGUCAGAGGUGGCACUUAAAUUGAAAUCAACUGCACGGGUUGUGUUUCAACUGGCUGCUGGAAGCGUCUUUGCAUCGCAGUGUGGACCAUUUGUUUUCUAAUGGAACUUUAAAGCUCCUGUGAGGAAUUUUUAGUCUGUGUUAACUUUGAUGCCCCCUGCAGACAAAGUAAUAACCUUUAAAUUGUUGUUGAUUUGAUCUUGUCCUCUUGAAAGUGGUGUUAAAUGUUGACUUUGGGUAAACAUCUUUUUAAUUCAGCAGAUUUAGUUUUGUUACCUUUCAAACUUAAACACUAGUUAAAAGAAUAUAGAUUUUAAGUAGAUGUGAUUUCUUGAGAUGACCCUCCAAGGUCUGGGGUAAGCCCCUGAUUUUUACCAUGCUUGGCUACCUCUGCAAAAAUCACCUCCUCAGUGUGGCUAUACCCUUUGUUACUUUCUUCUUCCUCUGACAUUUUCUGAGUUGCAGUGGUAACUUGCAUCGAAAACAACCUAUAGAACUUGUCUUGAUGAUCUUGAUUGCUUUUCUCUUAAAGUCAUCCAGAGACGCCUGUAUUAAUCUCAGGUUGUCCCAAGAUCUGCUGUGGACUCAUUGCUUUAGAUCUAGAUAAGGGUUCUAAAUCAGUACCUGUAAAAUGUAGUGAGGAUGUGAAUAAGAAAAGCACUCAUAGUGCCUCGUGGCCCCUUUCAUAGUUUGAGCAUUCAAGAUCCAAAAUGCAAUCAUGUGUCAGCAGGAUUUUUGUUGUAGUGGAUUCAGCUGGAUUUUAGUUUUCUAUCCUAUUACAGGGAGAUUACUUUGCAAAAACAGUCUUUUAUCCGCCAGCAACGACAGGUUUUUGAGUGAGAGAAUCCUUAUUAUGGGAGCCGACCAAAGCUGGUCUAAUGACCUGAUAAGUAACAGAUUAUUUUCCACCACUGUCAGAGUCUGUCAUCUAGCCUCAAACAGUUUUAAAAUGUAUUACGUAUGUUAGAUAAUGAACAAGAGUUUUCCUGCUUCAGGUACAAGGAAGUGUGUCCAUACCCUGAUCCAACCUUCACUCAGGUGACCAAGUACCUGGACAUACCAGAGACACUGCUCACUGACUUUACUUCGGGCUCCACGUACCACAUUGAGGUAGGAUUUAAGUCGAGCUAUAUUUUUAUAAACUGGUUAAUGUGUGUUAAAAAAUGUACACUUGAAAAUAAAACUAAAACAGAAAACUAAAACAACUAAAAACCAACAAUAUAGGGAAAACUGCACUGUAACAUGACCCUGUCUUUGAAAUGAACGGAUGUCUGUUUGCAUAAUUAGUAAAAUAUUUUAUCAAGUAGAUCUACACCAAAGUACCAAAGUCCUUCUGGAAACUCUCCUGUAUUGUCAUGUUAAUGUGGCGAGCCGACUCAGAUCCAAAAGGAACAGACUAUUCUCUUGAUGAGGCUGAAUACCGGUAAUUGAUCCCGAUUGCAUUAUUAAUCAGGUAAACAGAUCUAUGGAUCAGCCUUGGCUCUUUCCACUGUCUGUUGUCACUGAGCUUGAAUGUGAUCGUGCUUAUUAGUUUUCAAAAUUCAUUAACCCACAAUGACCUUCAUAGAAAUGGACCCCGAGAGGCACACACAUUGUGAUCAUAACUGCACAUACUGCAUUGUGUGUAUUUUAGCUCGUGGGGGUGUGUGUGUGUGUCAUGUUACCACACCUCACCCAUGAGCGUAUUAGCCCACCAAACCAAGCACAAAGCUGGGAUCAUGAUUAACUUCUCCUCAUGCUUCUGCAAUUACCUCAAACACAGUAAAAGUUGUUUUCAUGAUGAUGUAACAAACAUUAAUCUAAAUCAAUUAAGUUUGUAUGACGUAAUUAUUUGAAGUGUCUGCUGCCAAUGCUGCUCAUGGUGGUUCAAAGUGUCCUAACUCUAAAAAAACUCUGAUAAACUACAAACAACCAACCACAAAUAUUGCAUUGUUGUAAGAAUUGACAACAAAAUUAGGGACAUGGUAACCUGUGAAGCCAUGUUUUCUUCAAGGUCUACUGUAAAAAGCAUAGCAUUCAUCAAAUAAAAUAAUAACAUACACUGCUUCUGGUUAUUUACAGGCAACACACUCACAUCACUCUUAUGAUCCAAGUGGCCCUCCAGUGCAGAUUCAGCACAGGGCUGCAGUUUUUAUGUUGUCGUACAGAUUGGACCAUAAUGUGCUGUGCUUUGUUUGCAUUCCAGAUACUGAAGUUUGUCAUUUUAUUUUGGUGUAUUAGCAAAAAGAAGUAAUUUUAGAUGUUAGUGAGGUGAUAUUAUGUUGUUGUUUUUCAUUUGUUUUUCUUACAUUUUUGGAAAAAAAAGUUAAAAGUUAGGUGUCGGUACCUUGCAUGAACAAAGUUUCAGUUUGCAAGGUUAAUGGAUGUUGAAGUAACCUAAUCCCAAAAUGGGCAUCACCAGAUUGUGAUAUUACCAGAUGUGAACAGCAAAAAUAUCAUUUUAUUAAAAGAAACACAACUUUGUCGCAUAGCAACAGUGAAAGAGGCUUCCAGAGUGCUGAGGGGUCUUAGGGGGACAGUGGCUUAAACAAAGUAUCUCAGACAGAGCUGCUAAGAAGCUAUCAGGGGGAUGAUAUAAAGCCAAAAAGCAUAAUUCCCCCUCUGUGGUUGGCAAAUUAAAAAAUCAAUCAAAUAGACAUCUUUCCUCUUGAGCAAUAAAUUAAUAUUUUUUAGUGAAAGAAGUUAUUUUUGUACCCCAUUGAAAGUAAGAGAUUUCCACAUUUAGGUAAUAUCAAAUUGUUUUGAUAAAAGGACUUACAUUGCCACUUGAUUUUUAGGUCAUAGUUAAUCAAAUUUUUCUGAUAAUUCUGGUCAAAUAUCUGAGAAAGAUAAAGAGAGUAGAAUCUGAGACCAACAUACUACAAAUAGACCUGAUGUAUAAUAGUGAGUUAUGGUCGUUUCAUGUGUUAAUGGGCUCAUUGGUCAUUGCCUGAGUUCAGCACCUUGACGGCUCUGAUGACUGAUGUUCUGACAGCAUGAAACAUGAUUAAUGACCAGAAAAAAUAACCCCCAAUUCCUCUCUCUCUCUUUCUUUUUUUCUUCCUCUUUCUCUCUCUGUCACUGCAUCUCUCUCUGUCCCUUCAGGUUGCAGCCAUCUCUUCAGCUGGAAUAGGAGCCUUCAGCAAGUCUUUAUAUAUAAAGACAGCUGAGUCACGUGGGUAGAAAUGCUCAUGCAUGAACACUUAUGUAAUAAUUUAACAUCAGGUAUUGUUUAAAUCUGGCAUGUGCGUGCAAUGACCUAUGUUUGCUUUUCUGCAGCCCCUGGUCUUGUGACCAACUUGACAGCAUUUGCUCAGAACCACACCUUUGUUAUGGUCACCUGGUUCCUGCCGCACCGCAUAAACGGCCUCAUCACAAAAUUUGCUGUAAAGGCUAAACACGCUCGUACCGGGCAGACGGUUCGCACACUGGAGGUCAAUGCAGAGGACAUCAUGACCGGAGCACUGCCUCACUGCAACGUACUGCAAUGAGCUGUUUUUUUUAAUCGAUUCAAACAAAGAAAACAAAGGAUCAUGAACAAAAGAAACACUUGAAAUAGCGUUUCAUUGAUGUCCUUUCUCUGUGUAUAUCCUGUCUGAUUUUGAACUAGGACGCAGCUGAUAUCCUGUCCCGUGCAACUGUCAGUCCUUUUGAGAUAACAGCAUCUUUACCACCCAUCACCCUCUCAGCCGUGCCCCCUGCGGCCUCCUGGAGUGUUCCCAUAUCAGUAGGAGUCGAUCAGCUAAGGCCUUACACUGCCUAUCUGUUCGAGGUGUCUGCCUUCACCUCUGAUGGAGAGGGACAGAUAGCCUCCACUAUGGUGCGCAUGCCAGAAUCAGGUGUGGGAAAAAUAAGCCAUGCAGUUUUUUUUUGUUUUUUCAAUUACUUCACAAGCUAUGUUCAUCACUUCAUUUAUAUGUUUAUGUAUUACAGCCCCAGAAGAUCCACCGCAGAACUUCAACGUAUUGAACAUGACAUCGAGAUCAAUUUCAGUGUCCUGGAGCUCUCCCAAGAUCAUCACAGGGAAAUUCAGCUACGUGCUCUACCUCGAUGGACCAACAGGUUUGUGGAAAGUAAUGCAAAAGCAGAUUCCAACCCUGACUUUAAUAAAAUACUCUCUAUAUUUUUGCACUUUUCACUCCAGGCUAUCUGUAUGAGAACAGCACUUGGGACAUGCGGUUUUCCUUUACUGGUUUGAUGCCUUACACAAAUUACACUGUGGCCGUCCGAGCCAAAGCUGCAGGAGAGGUGGGUCCAGCAGCCAAGGAGGUUGUCAUCACACCUGCUGAGGGUGAGGCUUUACAUAAGAUGAAGACGUACAGGUUUCAUUUCUCUGUGAUAAUUAACAAUCAGCAGCAAAAGACGACCAUUUCAAUCGAAUAGUUGUUGUGAUAGAUUUUCCUUUCUAUUCUUGUGAGAGUGUUUGCUCCAUAAGUCACACAAGUCUUUUUUAAACUCCCUUCUAUGUGCGCUCGUACGUAGCACCCAGUGCAGUACAGGACUUGGUGGCAGUAGCUGAGGAUUCAGUUUCGAUCCGUGUGAGCUGGAAGAGCCCGGCCCAGCCCAACGGUCAGAUUACCCGCUACAGACUGCAGGUUCUGGUUGAUGAGGUUCUGCUGCAGGACAUCACCCUCUCUGCAGAAGAAGUAAGCCAUACAUUGUAUUUGGUGUAGCUGUCAUAAAAUAGCCGAUAUGUGAGAUGUUGAACCAAUAUUGGCUCUUUGUGUUUUGCAUUUACAUAGACCAUAUUUACAGUGGGUAAGCGCUCCAGUAUUGGGUAUUUUUAAGGGUGGGACAUAAUUUCAUAAGCACACGUACAAUCAAGUGGAACAAAAUGGAUGUGAAGCAAAAACUUUGGUUUACUCAAGUUGUUUGACUCUUCAAACAUCAAUACUACUUUAUUUAAUACGCAUGUUCUGAACCUGUGUCUUGGCAUUUUAUAUCAACAACCUAUUAUGUAAGUUUUAAAAAGUGUGGUACUCUAAUCCAAUGACCUCAUACAUUAUAUUAGACUGUGGCACAGUGGGGUUUUUUUCCACUUCCUCUUCAUGCUAAAUUGACAAAUUCCACACUCGCGGGGCCAAAUAAAAAGCAAACUCACAUGCAACCUGCAAGCCAUGUCCACCGGUGUCUACUAAUUCAAGAAGACGUUGCUUUAAGGGCUGAUGAGUCAGGCCUAUCAAGAAUCUGUGCUUCACCCAACCAGAAGAAAUCCAAAGCUACAGUCAGAAUAUUGAAUUCAUUUUUUCUUUAUUCAGAACACAACUGAUAUGUACGACGAUGUGACUCGUCCUCCCGGUGUCCCUGGACGGCGUAAGAGGACAGCUGAGCUCACUGAGAUUACAUCACCGCCGAUUUUCACCACAACUCUUGCAGAUCGAACACAGCCCACUGUUGUCACUGCCUCCAGCUUCACACAGUUUAGACAAAGAAGCGUUGACUCCAUCACCAACACUGAAGCUCAACCAACCGCCGUCUCCAUGAUCACUGAGGAGUCUGAUGUCACUUCAGCUCCUGCUUUAUCAUCUAGCAAUGAGAAUAUUCAAUCUACUGACCCUGCAAUGUUAGUGACUGCUGUGUUUUCUCUGACCUCUGCGCCACCUGCUUCGCUUCCACCUUGGCUAACAAAGCAACCACGUGAUGAGGCGAUGACCUCAGAUUCUUUCCCCUUAGCUCUGACCCUGGGCAAGCUCCGCAUGUCCACAAAUCAUGCAUCAUUAACAGGACAGUUUUCAACACGCGCUGCAGCUUCUGGUACUACAGGUGAGGAGUGCUAAACAUAGACGCUGCUUCUUUCCGCCCACUGCACCUAUUGAGUUGAAUUAUUAUACUCAUAAAUCCUGUAUAUAUGCCGUCAUUUGCACCCAUUUGUGUCUGCUUGCAUGCUGCAGGUGUGACAGUGAGACAGGAGGUGAUGGAUGUCUUAUCUGGGGAGCUCUCUUACCUGGUGUCAGAUCUGAGUCCUUUCACUGAAUACACAUUUAGGGUCACUGCUUCCACCACUGUUGGAGAGGGUCCUGCGAUUGACAUCACUGAGAAAACCAGGGAGCAAGGUGAGUUGUUGCAUGUCCCUAGCAACUGUUUUUACCUGUACAAAAAAAAUCCUGGGAUGUUUAAACUGAUUGUCCCAUUUAUUUUCUAUGUUGUUUAGUCCCCAGCCCAGUACUUGAAGUGUCUUAUCAAAACAUCAGCUCCACCUCCAUAUCAGUAAACUGGGUCCCACCACUCAAUCCCAAUGGACUGAUCACACAUUACACAGUCUAUAUCCUCAACCUUCAUAACAGUCAGAAACUGAAGAGGGUUUCUAACUCUACAAGCAUACUGAUAACAGGUAAACACCUCUUCUGGGCAGUUCUGUUCAAUUAUUUCAACAUCUUUUACAGGCCUAAUGAGAAAUCUCUCUCUUUUGUGGUUGACAGAUUUGGACAAAUAUACUGGUUAUAAGCUACGUGUUGCCGCGUCAACGGCUGCAGGGGAGAGCUCACUGUCAGAGGAGGAUGACAUCUUUGUUUACACGUUAGAGGACGGUAUGUGCUGAACACAAACACAUACAUAACAAGCACAUUUUCAUAAUGUUGAAUUUUGGAGUGCUCUGUAUGUGGUAUGUCUGACGAUAUAUCCCAACUACUAUUUUCACUGGCAGAUAGUGAUAUUUGUCAUCGUUACACAUUUACAGUGUCGUUUUUUCUUAUUAGAGGUAGUCAGUGUGAUACUAGAUUAGCUGCGUUCAGUCUGUUAUCUUUCGGUUUAAUAAGACAGUACACUUCAAUUUUUCUUUUUCAUCCCAUACAGAGCCCGACUCUCCCCCUGUAAAUCUCAUGGUGGAUGACACCACCCCUUCCACUGCCACACUGACUUGGUUGCCACCAGAGAAAGCCAAUGGGGUGAUCCAGUAUUAUGAGGUCAUGUAUGAGAAUGAAUCCUACUCUGCAAUGACGAACACAACCUCCAACAGAGUCACCUUGAUGUACCUGAAGCCAUUCUCCUACUACAACGUAACUGUGAGGGCCUAUACACGUUACGGCCACGGCAACCAAACGUCGGACAUGUUGUACCUGCUGUCUGGAGAGGACGGUAUGUUAAUACAUGCAUCCACCUUGACUGAAACGCAUGUGUUUCAAUAACUGGUCUCACCACAGCAGCUAAAUACACAAUUUUACUUGCUGCACAGCUUGAUAACAAUAUCAUGCAGUAGUAGAGUUUUAAUGAACAUGGUUUUAUGCUUCCCUGCCUUCACAUGACAUUAAGAUAACGUUUGAUCACAUUUCACGGUCCAGAUUUUUAGGAGCAUUUUUUUUGGUGUCCUCUCUCCAGUACCAGGCAGUCCUCCGUACGGUGUAGCUUACGAGUCAGUUAGUCCCAGCGAGGUGAAUGUGACCUGGCAGCCUCCUCUGAUGCCAAAUGGAGUUAUUACCUUCUACAGCCUGGAGCUUUGGAAUUCAACUCACUACCUGAACCUCACCUCCCCGACCAACUACAUCCAAAUCACACAUCUGAGGAAAUACGCACAGUACCGCGUCAUCGUGCAAGCGCACACACGUGUAGGGCCUGGGAACUUCAGCAGCGAGCCGCUCAACAUCACCACGCUGGAGGAUGGUGAGAGGGAGGGGUACGGGGAAGAGGGAGGGGGGCGGGUUUGCUUUUUUCAUCCACAGCAUCCUGCACGGUUACAUCAUGACGGAGUUCAAAGGGUGUCUGAUUAAAUCUGACUUUCCUCUCCUUGUUUCCUCCUCUCUAACAUCUCUCUGUUACAGCUCAUGCUAACAAUGUUACAUAACAGGUUUUUGUUGCUGCCUGGCACUCGUGUCUCCCAUCAGUACUGAGCAGCACAAUCAACAGACAUUCCUACUUAACGGCUUUUCAUUUCAGGGCUGUAUUCCCCCUGGCCUGUUCCUGAGAGGCAGAUUGAGGUUAUUUGCUUGGUGCAAAUAUAUAUGAAAAAAAAAUCCUUCACCAGUUCAGUCUCUGUUUAAAUGUCAGCCUACUAUUUGCUUCAUGUUACUGGAAAGUCUUUCUCAUGGGUCUUAGCUCCAGAUACACCUCCCCAGUUCCUCCGAUCUAGGAAGUUGUCAGAUUAUGAGGUAGAGUUGUCAUGGCAGCCACCACUUGAAGCCAAUUCAGAAGUCCUCUACUAUGUUGUGAGAGUUUGGUGAGUAUCAUAAUGUACCUUUUUGUGUCAGUUUUGCAAUCUGUUGAAACAAAAAUAAAUAUUUUCUUUUUUUUUUUUUUUUUAGGAAUGAAACAAGUGAGAUGUGGCAGAAUGUAACUAACACAUCUCUGGUCAUUAAUGUGGACUCAGAGAGCCGCUACAAUGCCUCUGUCUCCAGCUGGACCAGGCUGGGAGAUGGAGGAGUGCUUAUAUAUAUCAGCUUCACCACCACAGACGCAGGUGUUCGAUGCUUGUUAAAGUAAAUUUGACAGAUAUCUUCAUAAUCCUCGCACACAAAACAGUUUUUCUCAUUUGGUAUCUGUCUUCUUCUCCUUUCUGUGUGUGUGUGUGUGCUCGCUUGUAGAACCAUUUGACCCUCCACAGAAUGUGACUUAUGCAAAUGUGACUGCUUCCUCUGUCACCUUGCUGUGGCACCCGCCCACUGAACCAAAUGGGAUCAUUGUGCAUUAUACAAUUAACUACUCUGAUAACAACACCGUGAAUCAGCAGGUGAGACACAAACUGUAAAACAAAGCAGUCCUCUAUCCUUUCAUUAAAAAAAACCAAAUGACUCUUGACAUCUUGUAAAUGCCGGUUUGAGAAAGUACCCUCAAAGACCUUUUUGUAUUACCCAGAGAGUUCCCGUUGGAACCUUACCUGCCCCAGUUCCUCCUGAUUCAUUACUCUCCUACACUCUGACUCGGCUGAUUGGGGGCACUAACUACACCCUGUGGAUGACCUCCAGCACAUUGCAAGGGGAUGGAGGAGUCCAGAGCGAGCCGUUAACUAUCUUCUUACCGGAGGAUGGUCAGUUAGACAAGCACUAAAACACAAUACCACAUAUAGUAUCACAAGUAUUUAAACAGAAUUAGACAUAGACAUGAAACGCAGCGCACAAUCACACAGAGGACUAAUGCAUAAAGGGACUCAGAGUCUGCACACUUUUUCAAAACUCUUUGAUUUCCAACGAAAAAAUUGCAUAAAAACUCUGCAAACGAAAAGUGUUACUUUCAGCCUGUUAGUUAAAGGAGAUAGCAGUCUGUCUGACAAACUGGCUCUAUUUUUGUCCGCCUGUGACGCUCUGCCUUGACGACAGCCGGUUUGUAUUUCCUUUUGCUGAGCACGAUGAAAGUUGUGAGGGAUUAAAAAAAAAAAAAAAAAACAGAAGAAAAGAGAGCACCGAGCUGUUUAUGAUAUACUUUCACAGAGGAAAAAAAAAAGGCUAAAGUCAUUGCGUGAUCAUGUAGCAAUCUUAACCUUUCACUGAAACUUACAUUUGCAUAAUUUUAGUAAUGUUUUUGUAUCCUCUGUGUAAAAAAUGAAAGAGUACACUGAGCUGAUCUCUUUGUUUUUAUGUGAUUUUGAGAAAAAUGGUGCAGACAGCCUCUACAGACUCAGUCACAUAUUUGUAUGUUGAUUCAGUUUUAGUUUUUCUUGUCAGCAUUUUGCUUACCGUCUCUGAAUGAUUACUGUUCAUACUGACUCUGUAUCUCUGCCUGUGCUCUAGCUAGCUGCUCCACUCUCAGCCAAGUACCGGAGCUCCAGGACACCUUGUCUCUCCUGUACUGCCAAGCCCAGCGGGGGCUCACUCCCCUGGGCUCAGACCCCCACACACAACCGGCCUCUCGCAUCCUCUCACUUAUUCAUCAUCUUUUACCUCCCUUUUCCACUUCAUCUACCUUUUUUUCUUAACUGUUUGUUACUUUUGGAGAGGCCAUGACGAUGAACAGGAUGAGUAUUUCCUCCUCAACUCUUUUCUUUACCAGUGUGCAAGUUUCCCUUCUUUAUACUUCUUUGUGUUUCAUUUAAAUUUAUUUGAUGUUUUUUCUGUGUCCACUCACUGUUUUGACCUUCAUGUGUUUAUGAUUUGCUAAAUUUAUACCAUGCAGUGCCUUUCUACUUGAUGUGCUGUUCAUUUGUUUUGCCAUUCACGACAUACAGCCGAUAAUUAUGACAGUGCUUGUGACAGAAAAUGAUAAUGAUAAUGUUGAUGACGGGUGUGCUGUUCAUUUUUCCCUCAAGUGUCAAGAGAGCGUACAGUUGAUUGAUGCCCUAAUUUAUACUCUCAUUGUACACUCAGUGUCAUCAGAACAUUUUUUAAUUGGAGUUGUCACUAAAGGUUAAUUCACUAAUAAUAACACUGUCACAACUGUCUCCCUCCUCAGUGCCAAGUGACCCGGUCAAAAACCUGACAGCUCAGAUCUUCAGCUCCACAGCCAUAAUCGUCAGCUGGGAUCCUCCUCUGGAGCCAAACGGCCGUCCGUACUACCUGCUCACCUUACAGGAGGCUGGCAUCCCCCCAGACAUCUCCAACCAGGGCACCCCAGCUGUCAACAAAACAAUCAAACACACAACCACAGACAUUGUCUUUCUGUUCACCAAACUCAGGAAGUAUUUCCCUUACGUGUUCACCGUUACCCCGGCAACCAGAGCUGGCGCUGCCUUCAACCAUACCAGCACACUGUACCUAAGAACAGAUGAUGACAGUGAGUCCAUCUUCACAGUUAUAGACUUUUAAACUAGAGUCUUUGUGUUUAUUUUAACACUGAUAUUAGUCUGUGUUGUACUCCAGUUCCUAGUUCUGCCCCGUUGGUGGUGUCCACCAGGAAUAUGUCAUCCUCCUCCAUCAAAGUGGUCUGGAAGCGCCCUCUGGAGGCCAAUGGAGAAAUAACAGAGUAUACUCUCACUCUCUUUGGUCCAGGAGGAUCCAACACAACGCAAACCCAAAGCACCUCAUUCAUCUUAACCAACCUACUUCCAUACACAGCUUAUAACCUCACUAUUACUGCUGCCACUCGCAAAGGCGUGGGGCCGAGUCUGCUGCUGCAGCUGCACACUGAUGAAGGAGGUUUGUAUGAGAGCAGGUCUUACAUCACUCCAACAUCUGACUGAGGUGGCAUUUAUUUAUGAAGCAGUGUUUGUUUUAGAGUUGUCAAAAAAGAGUUACUACAUUAUUAUUAAAUUAUUCACAGAAAAAAUAAGAACCUUCUUCUUUUACCUGAUGUAGAAUCUUAAGGGGAAGAUGGUUCUUGUUUUGUAACUAAACUAAACAAAUUGAGAAAGAUUAGUUAACAUACAAAGCACAUGCAGGGAGAGAAAAAAGAGGGGGCAGGCAUCUGUGUCCAGAGGCCUGGGGUGCAAAGCAAGGUGAUCAGUCUGUGAAUCAACACAAAAAUUAGGAGCAUAAAAAAGUAACUCCAAUGCAGGGCUUCUAAGCUUAUAGUAUAGUUCGUGUAUCAUCUGUCUUUUUUAAAUCACACCUUCUUCCUCUUCUGUGUUUCAGGCCCCAUGUCUCCUCCCCGUAACCUGACGAUAUACAACCACACAGCGGUUUCUGUGUGGCUGAGCUGGGAGCCAUCCUUGGAGCCCAAUGGAGUGGUGAUACAGUACGGCUUCAGGAUCCGGGACCUCAUCACACACACCGUCACACACAGGGUAACGUUAAUUUCACACACCGAAAGCUACUCCACAAUAAUAACACCACACACACAUACACAUACACACACACACACACACACACACACACACACACACACACAAUCCAAACCCAGUCAGUAAUAGUACACACUGUCACAGGGGGUAGCUCUAAUUUCACACCUCAGAUACCACUCAGCAGUAUUAUUACCCAUACACACAUGUGCUGAUACAAUAAGAUGUUAUCCACUCAAGGAAUCACAACUGGAUGAUUUAACCUCCUAUGAGACUUAUUCAUGUGUGUGUGUGUGUGUGUGUGUGUGUGUGUGUGUGUGUGUGUGUGUGUGUGUGUGUGUGUGUGUGUGUGUGUGUGUGUGUGUUUGCACAAAUGUAGAAUUCCUCAGGCCCUUCAACCACAGAGUAUCUGUCAGGAUUCAGGCCUCAUAGUUCCUAUGAGAUCAGUGUGUACAGUUUCACCAGAGUCGGUCAUGGAAAUCAGUUCAGCAGCCCGGUGACCUUCACCACCAAUGAGUCAGGUAAAGCACACGCUGUCUGCUGGACACACAAAGGAUGUUCUAGAGAAACUGCUCAGUUCGCGAAUUAAAGCUGGUCAUAGUACAAAUUACGUUUUUAAAGUUUAUUUGAAACCAUUGAGAGUGCUUUUUCAUUUAAAAAAAUAAAACAAAACCAGAUAAAGGCAGAAUUUACAAGAAAAUAAGAAAACACGGUAACACUUUAUUUGACGCAUUUCUGUAACAUAUAAAUAUCUUUAUAAUGCGUUAUUAUCAUGUUAUAGCUCUGUAUAACUAUAGUUAUAAACACUCAUAAAUGAUCAUAAAGCUUUAUAGCAAUAAUCAUAACACAUUAUAAAGCAUUUUAUCAUGACUUACAAGAUCAGGUAUUAUAAUGUGUUAUAACUGUUAACACAUAGAUAACCCACAUAGAUAAUGCAAUGCAAGUUAUGUUAACAGUUAUAACACAUUAUAAUACCUGACCUUGUAAGUCAUGAUAAAAUGUUUUAUAGUGUGUUAUGAUUAUUGCUAUAAAGCAUUAUGAUCAUUUAUGAGUGUUUAUAACUAUAGUUAUACAUUGCUAUAACAUGAUUAUAACGCAUUAUAAAUGCAUUUAAUAAUGAGUUAUAGAGAUCGGCGUCAAAUAAAGUGUUACCGAAAACACUUUGGAAGUAUAAAUGCUUGAAUGGUACAGUGCCAGUGUGAUGAGUAAAAUCAUCUUAUCUUAUUUAAUAUCAAAUAACACCCUUAUAUGAAAAAAGUCAAAUAUAAUAUGAACACCCACACAUUAAGAGCCAAGUCUUGUGAAUUUUCAUAACUCAAAUAUCAUAAGUCCAGUUUAAACACAGGCAGCCUAUUCCACAUUCCUGAUUACUUGAAGUAGUUGUAGAGUGUGGUGGGCGUAGAGAGUGUUGGGUCACUAAUAAUGUCACACUACUGAGGAUAGUAACACCAUACAACCACAGCUAAGCUCUUUUCCUUUUACAGGGGAAAAAAACUUAACUUUGAAAUUAAAAAUUGGUGAAAACUAAGAGCAUCUUAUUUAAAAAGAGCGGAAUACUUUCUAACCAGAGGCUGGGGUCUUUUUCAAAUCCAUAUCUUUACGUCCCUGAAAAAAAAAAAAACUAAUUUCAGUUGAACAAGACAAUAUGCAUGCAAUCAUAGGAAUGGAGUGUAAUAACAUGGGAGCUUCAGGCCAUGCAAUCAAAAGUAAUUUAAAGGUGGUUGCAAUUUUCUAUAAAUGUCAUGUAUCAGUCUACGAAUCACUGUCUAGAUUCAGCUUAUUCGCCCUAUUGUUCCAUCUUCUUUAAGGACUAUUUGUCUGAGCAAAGGUUAAAUCUGAAACUGAAUUCAAUGCGCUUGUCUUAAAGUGACAGUAAUAUGACUUAAUAAAUCUAAUAACAGUAUAGCUAACAUGACUGUCUCACUCCCCUGUCUGCAGUGUCUGAUCAUGUGGGAAACCUGUCUUGCUCUGGUGUCAGCUGGGAUUCGGUUCAGCUGUCUUGGGAACCUCCAGCUAACCCUAAUGGGCAGAUUCUUUUUUAUGAAAUCCUUCUGGAGGUAGACUCACAGUCUUACACACACCAGGCUCACACACCAGAGUACACGGUGACUGGGCUGUCACCAGACCAGGAGUAUGCACUCUCUGUGGCUGCAGUGAACUCAGCCGGACCCGGAGACAGUGUGAACUGUAGCGCUUUUACUCUCUCUGAGUCGGGUAAUGAGGCUUAUUUAAUGGGUAGCAUUUUGGUUUCUUACUGCUGAUUAAUUAGCAUUACUCACAUUGAUUCCUUGUGUCUACCUCAACAGCCCCUGCUGCCCCUCGCUCUCUCACCAUCUCUCAGGUCACAUCUAACAAUGUGACACUUCAGUGGGCACCACCGCUCUCUGUUCCAGGCCUGCUGAAAGAGUAUCACAUCAUUGCACAGCUGCUUUCCACUGUUUGUGCACCAAACAUGCUGACGACUGCACAGCCCGCCCUCGAGGACGAACUGACCCCUGACUGUGUGGACUCUGAAUUCUCAGUGUCAGUGAAUGCCUCAGAUGGCAGUGAGGAGAUCUACAGUGUCACACUCCAAACCCUGGCUAAAUACAGAUACUACCGCUUCAAAGUGGCUGCAGUGACCAAUGCUGGAGUUGGAGAAUAUACAAACUGGAACUAUGCACGCACCCUAGCUGGAAGUAAGAUCACAGCAUGGGUGAUAUGACCUUUUUGUGCCGCCCAAGGGGAGAGUAGCCAGUUAGUCAUACUGUAUCUGACCUCUCCUGGUUUUACAAAGCAUGCAGGGGGAGGUCGUAGGUAUUUAAACUCGGUAACAGGGAAAAAAGAAUAUAGGAUCCCUUUUUCUCAAGUCCUUUUAGAUUUACAUUUAUAUAACAGUAGUUGUAAGUAGGGCUGGACGAUAAAACAAUUACGAUAAAUAUCGUAAAUUAAUUUCCCUCAAUAUCAAUACAAAACAUGGUCAAUUUCCUUUUCGAUAGUCAGCAUUCUAACAUGUUUUGGUAGACUGUAUGAAUAGCCAAUGAAAAGGGAGUUUCUCUGGGUCUGCUUCGUGCUGAACCAAUCAUGUGCUGAAUUAGAACCAGGUAGCAAACAACUGUGUGGUAGCAGGCUGCAGCUACACGCAACCAUAGCACUUUAACAAGUGAAGCCAACAUUACUGUCGGUGAGAAAUAAAGAAAAUGAGUGCUACCCCCGCAGAAAUGCAGAUGAAGGCUCAACAGAUGACAAUAUCGUCGAAAACACUGGCACAAAAAUGUCGGUGGUGUGGAGGUAUUUUGUUUUUUUGAGGUCGGACAUGAAGCAGAGUAAUGUACCUGCAAAUUAUGUCAAGUACAUGUUCUCGCAAAGUCGGGGAAUACCUCAAAUCUUUUUCACCGACUGAAGCAGUGCCACAUAGCAGAGCACGCGCAAUGCAAAAGUUUACAAACCCUGAGUGGAGCGAGGAGCCUGAAACAGCCGACCAUUCAGUCCGCUUUCUCCAGCGCAAUGCCUUACGACAAAACGUCAAGGACACAAAGACCUCACAGAUGCAGUAGCUUAUUGUAUUGCAAAAGACAUGCUACCAAUAAGCACUGUUAAAUUUCAUUUAAGAGUAACAGGGAACAUUUAAGAUUGACUAGUGAUUUUUUUAUAUUGUGAUAUACAUAUCGAUAUCAACUGAUGUGAAAGAAAUACAUCGUUAUAAACUUUUUCCCAUAUCGCCCAGCCCUAGUUGUAAGAUACUGUUUUAGAUAAAGAAUUUGAUUAUGUUUCUUCUACCUCCACCAUUAGACCCUGAUGCCCCUCCGAGUGGUCUGAAAGUGGCUCGCACUUCCAGCAGCCUUCGUAUUGAAUGGGACGCCCCAGCUGUUCUCUCUGGGCCAACUUCAUAUCUAGUGCAGGUGACUUUGUUUAAUCUGGUUUUAUUUACCCUCAUGAUAGAUUUAACCACUUACUGUGGGUAUACAGUUGUAUAGAGUAUACAGUUAUGCUUGGCACUGGUGGCACAGUUUUUAAGAUGCAUUGCAAAAUCCCUGGCAAGGGUUAAAAAAAGCUUUUAGACUAGAAAAGAGAAGGAAUGGGCUGGUAUUCAGCUACUUAUGCAUGUUUCUAGGUCCAUGGUCCUGAUCUGAACAUCUCAACAGUACGGGCUCCUGGAGAGUUGAUGACCGUUGUCGUGACUAAUUUGACUGCUUUCACUCGCUAUUCUGUGACUGUCACCGCCUUCACUGGUCCACUGGAGCUCGCACAUGCUGAUGGGAAAGCUAUUGGUCCUAUUGAAUUUCAAACUAUGGAGGAGGGUAUGCAGAAAGUGCUGUAGCACCUCAGACAGCUGCUGCAAAUGUGGAAAAAUGAACACCAUCUAAUAUUAUUUUUCCUCUGUACUGUUUCUACUCUUAACCCAGAACCCAAAGACCCUCCCAAGAAUGUGAUCUUAUCAGUAAUCCCUGAGGAGGUGAACCGUGUGAAGGUGACUUUUACCCCUCCAGAAGAGCCCAACGGGAACAUAACUGCCUACAUUGUGUAUAUUUAUGAAAAAGACCAGCUGGUCAAGAAUGCCAGCCUUAAUAUCACACAAAGGGACCAAAACAUGCUAACUGGAGUCAUUGAGGGCCUAAAGGGAGGACACAACUACAGUAUACAGGUAAAGAGCACACACAUAUUGCACACAUUAAAGGAAUAUUCCAGCAUAAAAUUAAUCAUGGUUAAACACAACGUAACAAUGAGUAAGACACCCCCUAAAUCAUAAAGUAUAAUUUCCUUGAAGUAAUAAUCAUAUAUAACCAUAUUAAUCAUUUUGCACUGCAGACGCGGUAGUUCUUCUGCCUUAGAGUCUCGGUCUGACUGCAUUUCCAUGAAGAAAUGAUCAUAAAUGUUCUUCCUUGAGCUGCGUCAAACCACAGCAGUUCAUAAUGGACUGGCCCAAGGUCUCGCUACAAACAAGCGGCUGCUGGAAGAGAGUAGUUGAGUUGUGUUUAGUCUCUUUGUUAAAGAAAUCAGGCAAAGUUAAAAAGAUGUUUGGUGGCUAGUACUAUGGCUGGGACCCUAUAUGUACUGUUGAUGAAGUUAGGUGCUGUUCUGAUCAUUAUUUGUGGUUAUAGAGUGGCGUUGAGGUUUGUUUAUGGCUCCUUAGACCGCUGUGUAUUGCUAUCGUGCGGUCGUGACUAAAGUUGGUAUAACUAGAGAAGCAAGCGGUCGGCAACAUUCAUCUAUCAAGGGGGUGUCUAACUCGGUGUUACGGUGUGUUUGACCCUAAAUUAAUUUUACACUGGAAUAUCCCUUUAAGACAUAGGUGUAGGAGAAUCAACCUCACAACUUUAUCCUUGUUUGCUUAAACUAUUUUUUCCCCUCUCUUUCCAUUGCCCAUCUUUCCUUAUUUUGUUUUCAUGUUUGUAGAUUUCAGCAAAGAAUGGGGCCGGGAGGAGCCCACCCAGUCCACAUGUUCAGAUCACCACAGGGAUCAAAGGUGAAUGGCUCUUUUUUGGUGUAUGCUCUUCUGUGCUGUAUGUUUCGCUCUGUCUUGUUGCAGCUGUGCCUCGUUGUAGAUGUGAAGUAGGUUGUAGGCCUGUUCUGACACAGCAAAUCAAUCUCAGCAAUCUCCAGAUGUGAGCUGUUGAUAUAAAGGUGUGGUUAAGACCAUCAGAGCAGGUCUAUAUGUCCGUUUUUUUUUUGGGAGACGCGAAAGGACAAAACCCCACUUCCACUUGUAGUUUUCACACGAUAUCCUCUGUGUGCAUAUGAGUGCUUUUUUUAAUGUGUGUGUGUUUGCUCCUCUGUGUUCACAUGUGCGUGUUUCCUAGCCCCAGCCAAGCCAGCCCAAAGACCCCAGGCAGUGCAGGGCCAUGGAGGGGUUGCUAUGGUAACCCACAGGAGUAUCACCAUCCACAUGCCUGCCUGUUUCUAUAGUGACGACAAUGGACCAAUCACAAAAAUCCAGGUCAUCGUAGCCGAGUCAGGGGGUAUGACUCUUCAAAAACAUUGACAGCCAUCACUAUUAGUUGGAUAUACUUGAGUUUAGGUUGUGUAUGUGCUGAAAGCCUCAAGGAGACCCUGUCUUAGAUCACUCUGCCCUGAGCCAAAGACAAAAAAUAUGCAAGGCGAAGGGCUUAAUGUCAGCAGAGAUUUGAAUCACUGUCCCCUUCUCCAACACCUUCUCUUUUAUUCUUGUCCCGUCACAGUGAAGGACGUCCUGAAUGUAACCAACUGGAAGACUGCUUUCUCUCUUCACCCUGCCCCUUACCUGACUGACAAGGGGUUCCCCAACCCACCAUGUCUCUUGGGUGAUGGGGCAUCACGCACGGAUACACACUUCAGGGGCAGUCAUAGAAUGUCCAGAGAUAUCUGGCCCCGAGUGAGAUACAAUUACACUACAGCAGGAACAUACGUGAUCGGAGGGAACGAUGACUGCAUCAAGGAAAACAACACAGACAGUUUGUGUAAUGGUCCUUUAAAGCCAAAUACAGUCUAUGUGUAAGUAAACCACACAACAAUUUACAAACUGAUGUUAGUGCUUUUAAAUAUGAUAAAGAGCUGACUCUGAACUUUUCCUCAACAGGUUUAAGUUCAGAGCCACAAACAUUAUCGGCCAAUUCACCGACUCUGAAUACUCAGAGCAUGUCAAAACUGCAGGUAUCUGUAGUUGCCCCUUCAUUGCUCUAUAUCAUAAAGUAAGAAAUAUCCUUUAUAUCUUUAUUACUUGUGGUUUUAUCUGUGGUUUCUGCCCUCCGUUUGCAGUGGAUGGACUGCUGACCAGAGAUGAACAGAUUAUUCUGGGUGUCCUGCUCUCCUUCUUUUUAUCUGUUUUACUCAUCAUGAUCAUCUGUGGCUCUGUCAAGUAAGAUAAUAUCAGGCGAUGUUGUGAUGUUAUGCAUGCUAACAUUUACCAAAUCCUUGCAUCAAAUAGUUUAAAGGGAUAUUCCGGGGGUUAGACACCCCCUUUAGAGAUUUAUGUUGCCAACCGCUUGCUUCUCUUGUUAUACCAACUUUCAUAAUGACCGCACGAUAGCAAUACACAGUGGUCUAAGGGGCCACACACAAGCCUUCACCAAAACGCCACCAAACAUCUUUUUAACUUUGCCAAAUUUCUUUAGCAAAGAGACUAAACACAACUCACCUACUCUCUUCCAGCAGCCGCUUGUUUGUAGCAAGACCUUAGGCCAAUCCAUUAUGGACUGCUGCGGGGUGACGCAGCUCAAGGAAGAAGAUUUAUGAUCAUUUCUGCCUUAGAGUCUUGUUCUGAUUGCAAUUCCAUGAAGAAAUGAUCAUAAAUCUUCUUCCUUGAGCUGCGUCACCCCGCAGCAGUCCAUAAUGGAUUGGACUAAGGUCUUGCUACAAACAAGCGGCUGCUGGAAGAGAGUAGGUGAGUUGUGUUUAGUCUCUUUGCUAAAGAAAUUUGGUUGGUAUAGUUGGUAUAACUAGAGAAGCAAGCGGUCGGCAACAUACAUCUCUUGAGGGGGUGUCUAACUCGGUGUAACGGCAUGUUUGACCCUAAAAUAAUUUUACGCUGGAAUAUCCCUUUAAAAGUUCAAACUUUCCUCAUUUUGAUGCCAUAUUAACUUUAUUAUCAAUCACUGUGCUUCACCGACAUGUUAGGAUCCAUCAGCGCAAGAAAGAGGGCGGGACUUACUCACCCAGAGAGGCAGAGAUCAUAGAGACCAAGUGCAAACUGGAUCAGUUGAUUGCUGUGGCGGAUCUGGAGCUGAAACAAGAGAAACUCAACCGGUGCGUGCUUCGCUCGAAUCCAAAUGUGUGUUCUGGAACAAAAAUAUAACACAAACACUUUUGUCUGACAAAAACCAAAACCGUAUGCAACUUCCAUUGAGUUAGCUGCUCCAGACAAAUCACUGGUUUUCAAAAAAAAAGAAAAAAAAAUGUCUUUGCUGCAGCAAACUUGAUGUGGGCCUCUGUCAGCACAGGCAGAGUUGUAGACUUUGUUCAAAAAAUAGAAGCAGCAGCUCUGUAGAACAAAACAGUAUCGUCUUAGCUUUGAAGUUUACUUCAGUUCUCUGCAGAAAAGACAAGCCCUCCUGUCGACUUCUCUUCAUCCAUCCGCUCAAAUAAAGUCAGUGUCACACUUUUCUGCUCUCCUGUUUUUAAGCACAUGGUUGUACAGAGUAGACAGGUGCAAUGAGCUCUAUGGCUGUUUAGAAUUAAAAAAAGAAAUUCAGAGUUGGUUGUGGUCCCUUGUGUAUCUAUUUAUGUGCAAGGCAACAAAAGGGAAAGUCUAAUAGUAUGAGUGGUAGGUGUUUUUCAACAGAAUAGAGUGGAAGGAUCAACUGUAUAGGUUUCUGUCUUCAACAUUUAAAAAUCAGUCACAUGAUAAAAUAGAGAGGCUGUGUAGGUGUGAAACUGACUGUCUUUAAUGAAACUGAAUGUGCAGGUAAAGUGGGAAAAAAAUAAUCUGUGCAUUGUGCAGUGUUUCUGACAAAAGCAUGAUAUGCUCACCUUAGAGCUGCCACUCCUGUUUCUUAAAUUUUAAUUGGCACACCUCUCCAAACACAAUUUAUGCAAAAUUAACACUUUCUUGGUAUACUCGCUAUUUAUAUAUGGCAACAAUAACUUUUUGCAAUAACCUGCCUCGGCUUUUUCUCACUAAGCGCUUUUCUCUUAACAGGUAUUCCUCCUUCUUCUUUAGACGGAAAGAGAUUUAUGUGAUCCAGUAAGUUAAGCGUUUGGCCUGAGUGUGCAUCUUUUUGCUUUGCUUUAUUUGCAUGUUUACUGCAUCUUUCAUUUGUCACCCUGUGUGCAACAACAUCAUUUACCCAUAACGGCUUAAGUCACCCUACUGUGAUGUUGAUUAAACCUUUGGUUAAAGUUGACAGUCGAAUGAAUCAGAGACUUUGGGAUUUUGUCCUCGGCUCUCUCGUCUUCCUCCAUCAGCAGCAGAGAUUGCAGAGCCGUGCUCGCACUCCUCUUCUUGAGACCAUUUUAAUUUGUUUACCCACUCACUAUCUUGAAAUUGCUCUGAAGGUUCAGCUAUCUUAGGGGGCACGAAUGGUAAGCUUUAUUGAUAGCUCAGGAUUUGCUUGGCCUCAAAACUUCAGUAAUGCAAAGAAAACAGUCGAGGGAAAACCAUGUGCUUCAUUCAAGUUCACUGACGAUAACAAAUUCCUGUAGACUGAAACAUCAAAGUGUGAGUCACUGUUAAUAUAAGAGUGAAUUUAAUUAAUAAGGGUUGAAUUCACUGCUUCAACAUAUUUUCACACGUUCUCUUCGAUAUGAGUCAAUCAAUCUGCUGUGGACAGAAAUACCCCAGAGUGGGUUACGAUUGUUGAGUUAAUUUGUUUAUAGUGGUUCAUGUUUGCUUUCUAUUUUUGUACAGGCUGCUCAGCUACCGGAAAUCACUGAAGUAAGUCAUCCUGCAUAAAUAAUGGGAAUUGCAGCCUGUGCUGUACUGCUCAGUAUAACAUUAACCUAGACAGGGUAAAAAAUGGCAUAUUGGUGUUGAGUUUGCUGCAUUUGUCUCAUAUUCAGUGUGUUCCUCCAUCAGGCCUGUGAACAAGAAGUCUUUUCUGCAGCACGUGGAGGAUCUGUGUAACAAUGACAACGCCAAGUUCCAGGAAGAGUUUGCUGUAAGUCUUGGACUUCAGUUCAUCUAUAAAAAACCUGACAAGAAAAAAAAAAAAGAGUUCAGUGCGGACCAAUAAAAACAGAAAUGUGAAUUAAUUUUAAAAAAUACAUACAUUAGAGCUAGAUUGAGCAAACAUCAGCAGCUGCACACACUAAGUCAACACCAGCCAAUCCUAAGAUUACACAUUACCCUUUACCAUUGCAUAACCAAAGACAUGCAGAUGUUACGAAACGCAUCAGAGGGUGCGUGAUUGCUUCUUUCUCUGACCUGCAGACAUUUUUAGACACACAUGUUUAAUCUUUAUCUUAAUUAACUUUGUAACCUUCGUGAGUAAAGAAGCUGAGUACAUUUGCUUAAACAUUUGGAGAAAGGAACAAGAAAUGAGAAAUUCUCUUUUUAUAAAUAUCAAACAGUGUGCAGAGAUUUUAAUUUUUUGUUCUUGGUGACCAGAGCCAAGGCAGUAACAAAAAUCCAUGAUUCCAAAAUCUUACAAGCAUUUCUGUUUUUCUAAAAGCCCUGACUUUUAACCUCUGUUAUUUAUAUGAACGCUGAUGAAUUACAUCUUCCCAGGAGCUUCCAAAACUGCUGCAGGACCUGGCAACCUCAGACGCUGACCUGCCCUGGAACAGAUCCAAGAACCGCUUCCCGAACAUCAAACCGUGUAAGUGGUCAGGCUGAAAAUGAGCUUUCAUGGGUUUUCGACAGUCUCAUCAUGUAUAAAUCCUCUGUGUGUGCGACUGCAUUUCAUAUGUUUGUCCGCUGAGCUUAUCUCAUUGCACUCUGCCUAGACAAUAACAACCGAGUGAAACUGCUGUCAGAACCGGGCACUGCAGGCUCUGACUACAUCAAUGCCAGUUUUGUCUCAGUGAGUACCUGGGGUGUAACUUCUGCUUGAGUCAUUAUCAGGUUGUGAAAUUUGUUAUUCAGGCAUGAGACAUUAUUGCAAUUAGAGGGGUCUGUUCUUGAUAAUUUCCUGUCUCUUAUUGCCUCCUUCAGACAGAUAAGUAGACAGAUGGUUAGAUUGAUUUUCCAGUAUGAUUAUUUCAGUGUGUCGUGUUCUUUGAUGUGAACCUCUUACCACCUUUUUUGUUGUUGUUGUUACCAGGGAUACCUUUGUCCAAAUGAGUUCAUAGCCACCCAGGGUCCUCUGCCUGGCACUGUGGCCGACUUCUGGAGGAUGAUCUGGGAAACAGGAACUCGCACCAUCGCCAUGCUCACGCAGUGUUACGAAAAAGGCAGAGUGCGUCAUGAGAUAUUUGUCACUGUUAUGAAAUAGCGUUCAGAGGAAAAGGCUGAGCUCUAAAACACCAGGAGGGUUGUAUCUGUUAAAUCUGACGUGUGUGUGUCUGUGUGUGUCUGUGUGUGUGCAUGUGUGUGACAUUUCAGAUCCGGUGUCACAAGUACUGGCCAGAGGACAACAAGCCGAUGUCCGUGUUUAGUGACAUUCUCGUCUCCAAAGUGUCAGAGGAGGUCCUCCCUGACUGGACGAUCAGGACUCUCAAAGUAGAAAAGGUGACAAAGCCAGAAUCUACUAACUACACCUCUUACUCUUUAACCACCGGAACUAAUGUGGAAGAGCUGCAAGAUUGAAUAGAUUAGACCUUUAUUCAUCCUACAGUGAUACACACCAUAUUCACAUUCACACAUACCGGGUACAAAAAACAGAUAAAUAAAGAUAAAAGAACGAGUGCAAAAUAGAAAGAGAAGUGCAAGAAAAGGAAAGUAGAGAAGGCUAGUAAAAAAAAUAAAAAGACAAAUGCAGACAAAAACAGGUAUGGAUGUGUGUAGGUAGACUGCAGUGUAGUUGCUGAAUAAUAUAUUUACUGGAUGAUAUUGCACAUAAGAUAUAAUUUAGGGGUGUAUGGAGAAAUAUUGCAGAUGUUGCAUUGGUUUAAAGUAGAUACUCAUGAUUUAGGACAGAUUUAUGUUUAUACUGCUCCUCUUCUACUCUGGUGAUCUGAUAGAGAACAGUGCAGGGGCCUACAUUUGUCAAUCCUGACAUCACAUUUCUUUUUUUUAGCAUCAAAACAAGCAAGAUGUGAACCUUAACAAAAAAUCAACAUGAGAAUAAUCAACUAUUACAGACACUAAGUCUGUGAAAAAAAAUAAAGUGCAUGUUCAUGUUUGUAUUCAUGUUUUUAAAUAUUAAAGUUCCACAUUCAUAGUUAUACACACAUUUUUAGCUGAAUCGUUGCAUUGUGUGUAGUGGAACUUAUCCCUUCAGACCCUUCAAAUCUGUCAAAUUUUUGGUGUAAAUUUCUGUUCGCAGCACGGCCACUACAUUCUGGUCCGCCACUUUAACUACACAUCGUGGCCUGAGCACGGAGUCCCAGAUUCCUGCAGCACUUUCAUCAAGUUUGUCAAGGCUGUCCGAGGCCACAGACAUGACAACACCACUAUAGUGGUCCACUGCAGGUACUGGGGCAAAUCAGUGGUGUUGAACUGACAACAUGCAUAUUGUGUAAGGGUUCAUGUUUGUGCCAUUCUCUCUCUCUCUCUCUCUCUCUCUCUCUUAGUGCGGGUGUGGGAAGAACAGGUGUAUUUGUUGCUCUUGAUCACCUCAUUCAGCAUGUCAGAGAUCAUGACUUUGUGGACAUUUAUGGUCUAGUGGCUGAACUGCGCAGCGAGAGGAUGUGCAUGGUCCAAAAUCUGGUGAGUUUACUUCAUCUAUGUAAGUGUGUUAUUCCUGCGGUUAAAAAAAGAGGAUAAAUAACAUACAAAAAAGGGUUUCACACAGUAUUUGGUCUUAAGUUGUUCCAGUAAGAGUGGCAGUGUGGUUGUCCUACUUUUUACUUCUUGCCCUGCUAUGAUCCCAUCCCCAUGAGAAAUAUUUAGAAAAUUCUUGUUUUGACGAAGGAAAUGAUCUGGCAGCGGAUAAAAGGCAUAUGCUGAGCAGGAAUCCCCCUUUUGAAGCAGCAUGAAUCUGUCCUAAAAUUACCUUAUUCAGUCAUUACUUAAACCUCAGUGGUGUGUGUCUUCUUCUCUGCAGGGUCUCCCAGCCCUGUGCCUGUGAUUCUUCCAAGUAUUCUUGUUUUAUUAGUCUCGCUUGUUCUGCACAUUUCUUGGUGUCCACAUUUUGGCGAUGAGAUAUGAGCCUGCAGUGUUUGCAGCUACGAGAACGUCUUCCAGCCCGGUGGAGCAUGAUUUUUUGUGACAGCGUGCCAAACAGCCUGCCAUUAGCAAACAAUUCCAAUUACUUCAUUAUUAUGAUGGAACAAGAGCAGCUUGGCUUUAAGAGGCCAUCAUUCAGAUUACUUGUGGAUUCACAAAUGUUGUUAUUAAGAUGUUUAAGCCAAGGAGCAGCUUUGGACAAGCCCCGGGUAUUUUGAUAUAAUCCAAAACAAAACAAUGUGAAAAUUUAUCGAGAAUAAAACCACCAGAUUUUUCAGGCGGCUCUUCUCAAAAAUUCUUCCUUUAAUUAGUUUUUUAUUGCAGAUUUUGAACAGCAGUUUUUAUUAGAGAGCAUGGAGGGGGAUCAGUUUCUGUGUCGUCCUUGGGUUAGUUCUUAUGGUUAUUUGAAUCAGGGAGAAGUUAAGUGUUAAAAAACAUGUCAAUGACACACUCGAGAUAGAAAGUUAAACAAAAAUUAAUGAGGACUGCUUAGAUUAGAUCGCACCGCAGGGUCCUUGACAAAAUUCCUGUCCCUCUGGUUUUCCAGUUCAGCGAAACCUUACUGAGAAGGGACUCUUCAUUGGUCUAUCCCUAAAAAAAAACCCAGUGGUUGGCCUCCUAAAAUACACACUGCCUCCAACAUUCAGCCCCCCAUCAUGCUUUCUGCUUUGUUGUAACAACAAAUUUAAUUCAGCUCUUCCAUCCAAAAUCACAAAGCCUGCUAGAGUCGGUGCUUUUCCAUUAGAGUUUAACAAGCACGUCUCACCCAGCUUCACUUGAUAAUGACAGAUUUCCCUUUUUAUACCAUUUUGUUUUCAGAGGUCUUUGAACCAAUGCAGUUUUUCUUUUUUUCAGUGGGGUUGUAUGAGGUCCUUGUCCGUAGUAAGCAUAAUCUACGCUUCAGCCACAGGGGAUUCUGCUUGACUCAGCCCCUUUGUGGAGAAACUAGCUAGGAGACCAGCACAGAAGCAGAUAAUUAGCUAAUAAUGGCUGAUUAUAAAACACUCUAUAAUGUGUUAUGCUUAUUUUUAUAAAGCCUUAUGAUAAUUAAUGAGUGUUUAUAAUGAUAGUUAUACAAGUUUAUAAGCAGAUUAUAACACAUUAUAAAUAUAUGUAUAAUGCAUUAUCUAUGUGGGCAUUGUCAGUGAGUUGUUAACAGCUAUCACACAUUAUAAUACCUGACCUUGUAUGACAUGAUAAAAUGCUUUAUAACGUGUUAUGAUUAUUGCUAUAAAGCAUUAUGAUCAUUUAUGAGUGUUUAUAACUAUAGUUAUACAGUGCUAUAACGUGGUUAUAACGCAUUAUACAUAUAUUUAUAAUGCGCUAUAGAGAUAGGCGUCAAAUAAAGUGUUACUCAAUUAUAUAUAAACUUUACAGCACUUAGACCAUUGUAAGAUUUUAGGCUCUCUAUCGCUGGAUGCAGCCUUGAUCUAAGCAACAUCUUACCUGUGUCUCUCCACUCGUUCUGUGCAGGUUCAUGUGUCAACAGAUUUCUGCUAAGGUCAACUUUGGUUUCAGUUCAUUUAGAUUAACAAAUAGAUAAAGGCAGAACGCAAACAAGAAUUCUUCAGGGAUGAAGGUUAUUUUUUCGUCGUCGGUCAAACGGCAAAGUUGCUCCGCGUGUUCUUUGGAAGCAUGCCACUCUCAAGUGUUGGUAUCCCUCCACUCAGCCAGAGGAGGAAACUAAUGAGCAGCUUUAUGGGCCAAAACCACUUUGUGCCCAGUGAGCGUAUUUAUUUGGCAUUCAUGGUACAUUAUCUUGAAACAUGGUAUCCAGUCUAAAGUCUAUAGUCUAUAAAUCUAUAGCUUUGGCAGCUGCAGUAAAAAAAAGAAAGAGUAGCAAUUUCAGUAAGUCAAACGUCAAGUUUUCAAAAUAUUUGAUUUUGUCGAAGCACAUUUGGUUAAACUUAGACGCCAAUUAGCUAUAAUACAAAACUCCUGAUUUAAGUGGUAUAAUUUUGAUUUGUGCGAGUAAUCUGCAAUCCAACAUACUAUAUUUUGGUGUUCCUGUCAUGCAUUUUUCAGCUAUAUUUGUACGUUUUUGUUUUCAUUAUACAAGACAGCAGCGCGAAAAAACAGUCCAAGGCUCAACUCAUAUUUGGGUUGUUGCAAAUCAGUAAAAGCUCCCAAAAAAUAUGUUACUUUAAGACCAGUGGUUCUCAAGUCCAGUCCUCGAGCCCCCCGUGCUGCAUGUUUUGGAUGUUUCCCUGCUCCAACACACCUGAUUCAAAUGAUCAGCUCGUUAUUGAGCCAUUUCAGAGCUUGAUAACGAGCUGAUCAUUUGAAUCAGGUGUGUUGGAGCAGGGAAACAUCCAAAACAUGCAGAACAGUGGGCCUCGAGGACUGGACUUAAGAACGACUGCUUUAAGACAUAAUACAUCUGUCUUUUUGUGUUAGGCCCAGUACAUCUUCUUGCACCAAAGUACGCUGGAACUCCUGAACAACAAAGGCAACAGUCAGUCCAUCUGGUUUGUCAGCUACUCUGCUCUGGAGAAGAUGGACUCGCUAGACGCCAUGGAAGGUACACAACUUGAAAACACACACAUGCACAUACACAGAAACAGACAAAUAAUACACACUCCAAACUGCUUUGUGCUCACUCCUGUUUGUACGAUCUGCAGGGGAUGUGGAACUGGAAUGGGAAGAGACCACCAUGUAA